GGGAGCGCGUGCGCCUUGGUCCCGUGCUCGCUCCCGCAGCUCCCGAUCAGUUCAAGAUGGCGGCGCUAAGCGGGGGAUCGGCUGAGGGGCCCUCACUGCUUAACGGGGACCUGGAGUCCGAGGCAGGGGGCCUAAGCGGAGCAGAGGAAAUGUCUGCGUCUGGGGGAUACCCGGAGGAGGUGAGAGGAUGGACUGGGGGAGGGGCAAGCUGAGUGUGUGGGUUCCUGUGCAUUCCCUAAAAUGCAAUACAGGGUAUUCCGGGUGACCAGUGCCCUCCUCUGUGAUAUAUAAUAUGUAAUGCAUGCAUGGGGUGGGCUCUGCAUGCAUAGGACAUUAAUGUAGAUUCUGGGGGUUAUCUCUGCACCCCAGUAACUGAAUGCAGAAUCUGGAAUGGGGUCUGUGCACCCCUCUCUGUACCUCAUUGUAUGAAUGCAGACCAUGCCAUAGGGGCCAUGCAUUCCUCUCUGCACCCCCUCUGUAUAAGUGCAGAUUCUAGCAUGGGGUAUGUGCACCCCUCUCUGCACCCUAGUGAUUGAAUGGGAUUUGUGCACCCCUCUCUGCACCCCUUUGUGUGAAUACAGAGACCGUCAUGGAGUCAGUGCAUCCCUUUGUAUAAAUGCAGAAUCUGGCACGGGGUCUGUGAACCCCUCUCUGCACCCAUUUGUAUGAAUGGUGGUCUGUGCACCUUUUUGUGUGAAUACAGCGCCUGCCAUGGAGUCAGUGCACCCCUUUGAAUGAAUGUGGAAUCUGGAAGCGGGUCAGUGCACCCCUCUGUAUGAAUGCGGAAUCUGGAAGCGGGUCAGUGCACCCCUUUGUAUGGAUGCGGAAUCUGGAAGCGGGUCAGUGCACCCUUUUGUAUGGAUGCGGAAUCUGGAAGCGGGUCAGUGCACCCUUUUGUAUGGAUGCGGAAUCUGGAAGCAGGUCAGUGCACCCUUUUGUAUGGAUGCGGAAUCUGGAAGCGGGUCAGUGCACCCUUUUGUAUGGAUGCGGAAUCUGGAAUGGGGUCUGUGCACCCCUUUGUAUGGAUGCGGAAUCUGGAAGGGGGUCUGUGCACCCCUUUGUAUGGAUGCGGAAUCUGGAAGGGGGUCUGUGCACCCCUCUGUAUGGAUGCGGAAUCUGGAAGGGGGUCUGUGCACCCCUCUGUAUGGAUGCGGAAUCUGGAAGGGGGUCUGUGCACCCCUCUGUAUGGAUGCGGAAUCUGGAAGGGGGUCUGUGCACCCCUCUGUAUGAAUGCGGAAUCUGGAAGCGGUUAAUGCACCCCUUUGUAUGAAUGUGGAAUCUGGAAGGGGGUCUGUGCACCCCUUUGUAUGAAUGUGGAAUCUGGAAGGGGGUCUGUGCACCCCUUAAUAUGAAUGCGGAAUCUGGUCUGUGCACCCCUUGUAAGAAUGCGGAAUCUGGCCUGUGCACCGGGUCAGUGCACCCUUUGUAUGGAUGCGAAUCUGAAGCGGGUCAGUGCACCCCUGUAUGAUGCGAAUCUGAAGGGGUCUGUGCAAGUAUGGAUGCGGGAAUCUGAAGGGGGUCUGUGCACCCCUUUGUAUGGAUGCGAAUCUGAAGGGGGGUCUGUGCACCCCUUGUAUGGAUGCGCGUGAAUCUGAAGGGGGGUCUGUGCACCCUUGUAUGGAUGAAUCUGGUCUGUGCACCCCUUUGUAUGGAUGCGGAAUCUGAAGGGGGUCUGUGCACCCCUUUGUAUGGAUGCGGAAUCUGAAGGGGGUCUGUGCACCCCUUUGUAUGGAUGCGGAAUCUGGAUGGGGGUCUGUGCACCCCUUUGUAUGGAUGCGGAAUCUGGAAGGGGGUCUGUGCACCCCUUUGUAUGGAUGCGGAAUCUGGAAGGGGGUCUGUGCACCCCUUUGUAUGGAUGCGGAAUCUGGAAGGGGGUCUGUGCACCCCUUUGUAUGGAUGCGGAAUCUGGAAGGGGGUCUGUGCACCCCUUUGUAUGGAUGCGGAAUCUGGAAGGGGGUCUGUGCACCCCUUUGUAUGGAUGCGGAAUCUGGAAGGGGGUCUGUGCACCCCUUUGUAUGGAUGCGGAAUCUGGAAGGGGGUCUGUGCACCCCUUUGUAUGGAUGCGGAAUCUGGAAGGGGGUCUGUGCACCCCUUUGUAUGAAUGCGGAAUCUGGAAGGGGGUCUGUGCACCCCUUAAUAUGAAUGCGGAAUCUGGUCUGUGCACCCCUUGUAAGAAUGCGGAAUCUGGCAUGGGGUCUGUGCACCCUUCACUGCACUCCUUUUGUAUUAAUGUGGAAUUUGGCUUGUGGUCUGUGUACCCCUGUGAUUGAAUAUGAAAACUGGAAUGGGGAUUCUGCACCCUUUUGUUUGAAUGAGUCUGAGAUACAGUAUGUACCCCCGAUGAAUGCACCUUGGUAAGUUUAAAGCAGGGUGUUGGAUUUGAUUUGUGAAACCACUAAAUGCAUUGCAUGGAGAGGAAUUGUACAUGUCUCUCUGCACCUGUACUGAGUGCAGGGCAUAUAAGUGGGUCAGUGCACCCCAUUAAAUUAAAUGCGUGAUUGGGAGAUAAACUGUACACCCCUUUUCUGCAUCCCACCAAUUGCAUUGCAGGGCCUCACGUGAAUUUUGUACAGUUAGCUGUAACAAUUAAAAACGGCUAAUAACUUUGGUGUAAUCGUUGACACCCUUAAAAUUUGAUGUGUCACACUAAAUGUCAUAAAAGAUGUGGUGUAAGCUGUGUGCCUUACUGAAUGUAAUGCAUGUGUGAUUGUGGGUACUACAUUAAAUGCAGUGUUGUAUGAGAACUUUUGUGCACUCACAAAAUAUUGCAAGAUGUUGAGAUUCAUUGGUGUAUAUCCCUCCCCACCCCCCCUGCUUUGCAUGUAAUAUGUUGAGAUUGUAGAGUUGUAUAUGGUGUGCCUGUACAUUGUAAUAUUUUUAUUUUGCACAGUGUCUUCUUAUAUUGUCCUAUGGUCGUCAUCUCAAACUCUUGGUGGGAUAUUUACAACUUUUCCUUUCUAAUUUUCGAUACUGAUUUUAAUUUUUGGUGCACCACAAUGAAGGUGUGGAGACCUGGUUUUUGUCCUUAUGUGUGCUUUCUGCUGGAGGAAAUAAACUGUAAUAGUAGAACUAUAUUCCUUAAAUAAAAAUAAAAAAAUAAAUACACAAAUCAUACAUUUUUAAAUGAACACUCCAGUCCCAUAAAGCACAAGCUGACGUGUCUUAGGAGUUAAUCUGUGGUUUUUUUUGUUUGUUUGUUUUUUUAAGUCCAGGUUUCAGGCGAACUUGGCACUUUACAAAACUCUUUAAUUCCACCCAAUAUGAGUAGUGUCGGAUUGGACCUGAGUUAAUCGAUUGUGAUGAUCUCAGUGUGGGAGAAUUAGGCAAAAAGAACAUAUCACUGGGUGAAGUGAGUUGGGAAAUAUUAAAAAAUAUAUAGCUUUUAAUUUUUUUAACAGUUUGGAGUGUUCCUUUUAAAUUUGCUACUGAGUUGAGCCCACCCACUGUGUUUGAAACAGAAUUUGAGCAAAUUCUGGGUAUUCUUAGUGGUCUAAUAGGAAUGCUUAUAACAAGCAGUAGUGGUUGUACCCAGUAUGUCACAAGAGGGUAAACCAAAAAAACAAUUUUUUUUUUUUAUUUUUUUUUAUGGUACACAAGAGUAACAUAUGCAUAUAAUAACAGUUACCAACUUGGGAAAUGGUUUUCAUAUUACUUCAUCGAACAGUUGUUAAACAUUGGUUGUCACAACGUGUUUUGGCAUAACUCGUUGUAAUCCAUAACUGGCUAUAAAAGCCCAAACCCGUGUGGUGGUGGAACAUGUUAAACAGUUUUUCAGAGUUUUCUUGAGAUGCAGACUAUUUUCUUCAUGUUUGUGGUGCUGGACAAUUCUGGGCAAUUUCUCAGUAAACUGAAACCAUUUAUUCUAUGUAAAUUCAUUCAAAGCAUCACGAACGUGAUAGCUGAUUGUAUACAUUGCAUUUGCAGAUGCUCACCAACAAGUGAGAAUAUAGAGAGCAUAGGCUGAAUUCAGUUGCUGGCUAUUCGUGUAGGUUCAUGGUCUGAUUGUGUGCAUUUUGAAAUUUCUGCAUUAACAUUUUUUUUUUUUUUUUUAAAGCUGUGUGAUGUGUGAACUUUUAGGAUAUUUGUUCUAAAGAUCUGACAUACCUGUUUAGUUUAAAAGUUAAAUAUUUAGCAAGCUAAUUGGCAUGGUCUUUUACCAUGUGACAUUUGCGUUGAGGGGUAAUAUAGGUAAUUGGCUGGAAGCUUGAAAUCUAUAGACCGUAGUUAUUUCCUUUGUAUUGAAUCUACAAAUUUAGGGGGCAAAAAUGCAUGAACUGUUACUCUUUAUAGGCAGAAAGGGAUCAGAUUGGUCAGUGGUCCAAUGCAGAAACAUCACUUCUGUUUGAUCUUCAUUUUUAGCAGAAAUCUAUAUUGCGAAAUUGGUAAUGUGCAAAGCUCAUUGUGAUGUUUUGUGUUAAAGAAGUAAUUCGUUUCUGCAUAGCGCUACUGACCUCUCAGCCUACAUAGAAACCGUUUAUUUGGUUCAUGCAUUUUGACCCCUAACUUUGUAGAUACAUUUUAAAGAGGGAAUAAUUAGUAUGAAUGGACUUCAUAUUCAGCUUUAUCAAUGUAAUACUUGCAUUCACAAUACUUUGAAACUAUAGUGGUAAACAUUGUUCUGGUGAGUAGAAUCAUCCCCUUGGCUUUUUUUCCCAGUUAGUAUUGUUUUCAGAGAAAAUGCAGUGUUUACAUUACAGCCUGAGGAUACCUCUACUGGCCAAUCCUCAAAUGACUACUAGAGGUGCUUCCUGGGGCAGUACUGCAGUGUCUUCACGCUCUGCAUGGAGACACUGAACUUUUCUCAUAGAGAUACAUUGGUUCAAUGCAUCUCUGAGGAGAUGCUGAUUGGUCAGGGCUGUGUUUGAUUUGUGCUGGCGUUGUGGACUAGACCAUUGCCGGAGGAGGUCCUGCCUCCUGGGUGUCGCAGUAGAGAUGAGCAGCCCUCUUGGAGUUUCUGUGCUGGAAAAAGAUAACUUUAAACAUGAUUUAUUUUUUAUUUUUUAUUUAAUAGUAUUAAAAAUAAAUUAUUGCCUGAUUUGGGACAAUGGCACAAUAAAUGUUAGAAAUACGGAUUUACUUCUGACUCUGGAGUUUUUAUUUUUAGUUAAGCUGGGGGAAAAAAAGCUUCCGUAUAUCAUGCUCAGCCUUUCUCACAUCUGUUUCUUCUGUUGAUCCAAAAGAAGGCUAAAAAAACCUAGUUUAAAGCGCUUUCCAAUGUCAUCACAAACUAUGAAAUAAUUAAUUCUUGACUCCAGAAUGGCAGUCUGCUUUCUACUAAGAUAAAGAAGCUGUUAACUCGCAUAUAAAAUAUGUUUGCAAGUAUUCAUCUGGUUACUGUUUAAACAUCUAUAUAGACUCUGCCUGAAGAAGUGAUAAAACCACUUCUUCAGGCAGAUAAUUCCACAUCCUUAUUGUUCCUACUUUAAAGAACCCUUUCCUUUGCCUUGGGCUAAAUCUCCUUUUUUCCAGUCUAAAUAUGUGACCUUGUGUUCUCUUUAUGAAUGGAUUUCCAGACAAUGGUUUGUGUUGGCCCCAGAUAUAUUUGUAUCAUGUUAUUAUAUCCCCUCCGAGAGGCUAUUUGCUGGAAUUAAAUAGAAUUUUUUUGUUUUAUUUUUCCUCUCACUUUCGUUAUAACUAAAAUCUAUUCUCCUUGUUAAUUUUGUUGCCCUUCUCCUUUAAACACUUUUCCUCAACGGCUCUCAAACAUAACCAGUCUUGUUACUUUUAACUCAGUGGAGGUAAACUCAAGAGGCAGGAAAUUGACCAGCGCACUUGCCUUGCAAAAAUUUCUCAUUGAGUUGCCUUGGAUAGUCCGUUACUGUACAGCCAAAGAAAGAUUAGGCUGAGAUCUCCAGUGAACAAAUGCAUAUUUACAAUGUGGGUAAAUCUCAUAAACUUUUGUUUUAUUUGUAUUUGAGCAAUUGAGUAGUGCAUUAAAUAGGUUUCAACCUCAUUCUUACUGUAUGUUGCUCUAGUUAUUUAGUUGUUAAAAAAGAUUUGCAGCUUUCUACGGCAUUUUUACAAAUGGACUUCAUUAUAUACCGUGCCCCCCCCCCCUGUCCAGUAAAGCGAUAUAUAGAUAGAGCUAUCUACACAAAAUUCCAGCACUCAACAAAAAAUAUCAAUAAAGUGCAAUAUGCCUAGGUGCUAAACCACGCAAAUAUGAAUAAACAUAACCGGUUUUAUAUCUUGUAUUUAACCCCUUAAGGACUGACUGUUUUUGCGAUGUUGUACAUUUGCGACCAGGCGUAUUUUUACACUCUUGUGGUGUUUGUGUUUAGCUGUAAUUUUCCGCUCUCUCAUUUACUGUUCCCAUACAAAUUAUAUAUUGUUGUUUUUUUUUCAGGACAAAAUGGGCUUUCUUUACAUACCAUUAUUUAUAUAAUCUCAUGUAUUUUAAUUUAAAAAAAUGAAAAAUUUAAAUAAAUAGAUUAAAAAUUUUGUCCUGAGUUUAAAAAUACCCAGUGUUUACGUGCUUUUUUUUUUUUUUGCAUGUUAUUGGGCUAUAGGUACAAGUAGGAUAUUGCGGUUUCAAAACAUACAUUUUUAAAAUUUAUCAAUAGUGACAUUGUAACACUAUUAUCUGUCAUAAAUCUCUGAAUAACACCCCCCAUGUACAUAUUAUUAUUAUUAUAAUUUUUUUUUUUUUAAAGUAGACAACCCAGGGUAUUCAAUAUGGGGUAUGUCCAGUCUUUUUUAGUAGCCACUUAGUUGAAAACACUGGCCAAAGUUAGCAUUCAUAUUUGUUUGUGUGUGUGAAAAAAGUAAACUAAAUUGAACGCUAAUUUUGGCCAGUGUUUGUGACUAAGUGGUUACUAAAAAAGACUGGACAUACCCCAUUUGCAAUACCUUGGGUUGUCUUCUUUUGCAAAUGGUAUGCCAUCAUGGGGGUAAUUCUCAUUCCUGGGCUACCAUACGCUCUCAAAGGCACUGUAACCAACCUGGCCAUUUUCAAUGUGAAAAUAUUUGACCCUGUAACUUUCAAAAAUGCUAUAAAACCUGUACAUGGGGGGUACUGUUUUACUCGGGAGACAUCGCUGAACACAAAUAUUAGUGUUUAAAAACUGGAAAACGUAUCACAACAAUAUCAUCAGUAAAAGUGCUGUGUGUGUGUGUGUGUGUGUGUGUGUGUGUGUGUGUGUGUGUGUGUGAAAAAUGCAAAAAAAGUAACUUUCACUGACAAGAUCAUCACUGUGAUAUGUUUUACUGUUUUGAAUCACUAAUAUUUGUGUUCAGCGAAGUCUCCGGAGUAAAACAGUACCCCCCAUGUACAGGUUUUAGGGUUGUAGAACGUUACAGGGUAAAAUAUAGUGCUAGCAAAUCAAAUUCUCUGGACUUUCAGCCUGGGUUGGCAGGCAGGUCCCUCAAAUUGCAAUCAAUAAAACUACUUUAAUUAUGUAAAAAUAUUACAUAAAUACGCACAUAGAAUUUAAAUAUAUAUGCAUAUUUAUAUAGUUGAAGUCUACGUGUAUAUUUAUAUAAUUAUUUAUGUAAUUUUGUAUAUGGACAUAUGUAUAUUUCGUAUUUUUAUUUAUAUAUACAUAGAUAUAUACAAAUUCAUUCUAAGUGUAUUUUAAUUUAUAUAUAUAUAUAUAUAUAUAUAUAUAUAUAUAUUAAUUUUAAAAUACAGUUAGAAUAAAAUUUCAUAUAGAUAUAAUUUUUUUCAAUUUGUAUUAUUUUAAAAAAAUUUAAUUUAAAUUACUUAUUUAUAUUUUAUAAUAGUUAUUAUAUACGUGUGUAAUUUAAUAAGUGUAUUUUUAUAUUAAUAUAAGUACAUAUUAAUAUAAAAAUACACUUAGUAUGACGUGUGUGUGUGUGUGUGUAUAUAUGUAUAUAUGUAUAUAUAUACACACACAAUUUUUUAUUUUGCACAUGCAGGUAGACUGCCUGUCAGCACAGACAGUCCCCCUGCAGGCAGACACAAGGACACCUAUUGUGACCAUGUGAUCGCUGUGAUCACAUGGCCCCAGGGGCCCUAAUCCAGUGUGGGGAGACUGUCUGUCUGUCUGGGCUGCAGGCAGUCUCCCCACACCGGGAACGACGGUGAUCAGGUAAGUAACUAGGACCGUUAGGACCGUUCAGGACCGUCAGCGGUCGGCAAUGGGAAAAUGCCGAUGACGAUCCUGAACCGUCCUCGGUCCUUAAGGGGUUAAAUUUGUUCGUGUGUGUGUUGCGCAGAUCUUCCCUGGGGUCCAGUGGGGCUGCUCUCUAAUCUAUCUGCAGUGCCUCUCCGCUAUCUGUCGUGAUCCCAGGACCGGAGUGACAUCUUAUUCCAGCAUCACAGAAAAGUGCGCAAGGGAGCAGAGCGUAACUGCGAGACAAUUACUAGCUUUUCCAUGUACCAUCACCAGAAAAUCUUUACUUUUGUUCGUAUAUUGUAAGCUAGUAUUCAUAUCUUUGAUAUGCUUGGCUCCUAGUUUGCAGAAAAAUAAAAAUAUUAGAACAUAAUUCAAAAAGUCAUUAUCUGUCAGUCAAGGUAAGAAGAAAAAUAUAUACAGUAUAUACUCGAGUAUAAGUCUAGUUUUUCAGCACAUUUUUUGUGCUUAAAAACCCCCACUCGACUUAUACUCGAGUCACUGUCUGUAUUAUGGCAACUUAGAGAGCCGCGGCCAUCAGAGCCAUGGCAACGAUCCGCGCGGCAACAAGACCGCGAGACUUACAGUGUAGCUGACCGGAACGGAGGAGAAGGGAGCUGACCGGAGCUGCAGGAAAGGUAAGUAAAUGCUUCCUGCCAGCCCCCGCACUUCACAGCCCAUGCCACUGGGCCACCAGGGAUUAAGAUAGCCCACCUCCCUGACCAGUUAACAAGCAGGGAGGGGGGGACAAAAAAAAAAUUAAAAUAAUAAUAUUAAAAUAAAAAAAAAAUUUAAUAAUAAAAAUGCCCUCCCCCCACCCAGUUCACACACACACUACACAAACACACACUCUGCAUUAUUUAUAUAUAUAUAUAUAUAUAUAUAUAUAUAUAUAUAUAUAUAUUAUAUAAACCCAAUCAACAGGCUUUAUUUAAAAAAAACAAAACAAAAAAAAAACACUAUAGCAUAAACUGUAAAAAAGAUUUUCUUUUUGGUGCAUUCUGCCGCCCUCCCUAGCUGAGAUCAUCAAGAUCUCAGUCAAUCCAAUAGUUGGGGAGGCUGCUGCAAUAAUCAGCAUCUCAUUAUUGAUUCAUGAAUCUCUGUGGGAGCAAACAGGUGAACAUGGGUCCUGCAUCGAUUGUAGGACUGAAAUAUGGAAGAGCCUCUAUUGACUGAAUGAAUGCACCUAUAAGUGUUAAUAGGAAAACAAUCUAAACACUCUUUCCUCUGAGAAACAUUUACAUUGAAAGGCGGCAGGGACCAGCUAUAGAGAAACACUAUAUCAAGCUGUAAUGAUUCUCAUGACUAGUGUCACUUUAAAGGUGUUCAUUAACCAAUAAAACUACAAAUGUUUGCUGUACUUUUUGUUUUAGUAUCCCUUUAAUUUGGCAGUAUUCAUUUGACAUAAAUGGUGUUGUACAAGAAUCCUGAAAUCAAUUAACUUUUUUUUUUUUUUUUUAAACUUGUCAUAUUCACUUCCAUUUGCAGUUGUUAGAUGGUAUCCUCACUUGUAAUUGUCCUCAAGGUGAGAAUGCAAAGCUUUAUUUUGUAUGUAUUUAAUGCCCAACCUAAUUGGUUUAGCAGUUACAUCUACAUCUGUAAAACACAUAUUUAAGCUUUUUAAAAAAAAUAAAAAAAUAAAAAUAUUUUAUUUAAUAUAAAAGCAAUAAAUGUUUUGCUAAUCAAAAGGUUGUCUUUCUUUUUUUUUUUUUCUUCAAAUUGUAUAAUUGGUUAAUUAUUUAAGGCCCAUUAUCCUAAUCUUUCCUCCCCUCUAUAAUGAAGGGAGGAGGCUGCCAGACAUGAACAACACACUGCUGAUACACAGGAAAAGUGUUUUGGGGGGGAUUUUAAUGGAUAUGAUCAUUGAAACUAUAUAUACUAAAGAGAAAGUGGCAGCAAAGUGAACAGUGUUUUUUUGUUUUUUUUUAUAUGCUAGGACCACUACAAACACAUACUGCAUCCACUACACCCACUACACACACACAUAGAAUGUGACGGCAGAUAAGAACCAUUCGGCCUAUCUAGUCUGCCCAAUUUUCUAAAUACUUUCAUUAGUCCCUAGCCUAAUCUUAUAGUUAGGAUAGCCUUAUGCCUAUCCCACGCAUGCUUAAACUCCUUUACCGUGUUAACCUCUACCACUUCAGCUGGAAGGCUAUUCCAUGCAUCCACUACCCUCUCAGUAAAGUAAUGUUCAAAUAUUCAUGAAAACGUGAAAAAAAAAAUCUUACUGGCUUGUAUAUUUUCUGCUUUUACCUCUCAAAUUUUCAGAAAUCAAAAAACCCACUAAAUAAUAAACAUAUUUGGUUUACAGCAGAUUUGUGUAGAAAUUCACUUUUUCAAAACCGUAAAUGUACAGAAUAUUGGUACAAGUUAGGCCUGAAAGGACACAGAUUAUUGGCAUCCACCAUAAAAAUAGCAUUAUCGGUUGAUCCCUAAUGAACACUGUAACGGAGCUACAGUACUCUGCCUGAUUACCUCCUCCCAAUCUGCUUCCUAGCCGUUGCAAAGGUAGCCUGAAGCGCUUCAACCCCAGUUGUCGAGGCUUUACUAGGGCCUCUCUGGAACUUUUACACCAGACCAGGCUGCAGCUGCUGUGCUUCCAGGCAGGUAUUGUCUCCUCUGCAGCUUUCCUUCCAGGCAGGUAGGCACCUCUGAUGAAACUCACAGGGAGUUAGUGUGCAAAAAGCGCUUUGAGGUGUAUAUAAAGGAGUGUAGCAGCUCUUCAGUACCUUUCCCUCUCACAUUAAAGGACCACUACAGUGCCCUGAGGGUGACCCCACCCUCAGGGUCCCCCUCCCACCGGGCUGGAUGGAGAGGAAGGGGUUAAAUCUUACCUUUUUUCCAGAGCCGCGCGCAUUCAGCCAGUCUCAUAGGAAAGCAUUCUCAAUGCUUUCCUAUGGACGCUGGCGUCUUCUCACUGUGAAAAUCACAGUGAGAAGCGCCUCUAGCGGCUGUCAAUGAGACAGCCACUAAAGGCUGGAUUAACCCAUAGGUAAACAUAGCAGUUUCUCUGAAACUGCUAUGUUUACAGCAGAAAGGGUUAAUCCUAGGUGGACCUGGCACCCAGACCACUUCAUUAAGCUGAAGUGGUCUGGGUGCCUAUAGUGGUCCUUUUAAUGUAGUUGUUCUGUAGUUGACUGUUUGUGAAGAAGGGACAAUAUUGGUGUGUGGCGUUCAUUAAACAUAAGUAUUAAAAACAAUUUCUUGUCCAAUCAACCUCGACAAAUUGAGGAACUAUUUGGUAUAUUGAAGAGUAACUAUAAUAUGAUCUGAUCUAAUAAAAUUGUAGUAAAACUAAAUAUCAAUUUAAAAAAUUGCAUAGGAAUAGAAUAAGAUAAAAUGUAUUAGAAAAUUUUGCAAUAUAUUAAAAACAUAAUUUUAACAAUUGUUUAAAAGAAAAGAUAAAAUGCAAGUUUAGGUCCAUUCAGUUUAGAAAAUGACAGAUUUUGAGUUCUGCAUUUAGACCAGUAGGUUGCAAAGAAUAUAACUUAAAUAUCCAUUCCAUCUGUCUUCUCUAAUCUAUUGGUCAAAUCCCCACCUCUCCAAAACCUUUGAAUUUUUUUUUGUAUGCCCAUAAAUUGCAUGCCACAGGGGUUACAGUUAAAAGGACUCUCCAGUGCCAAUCAGUUUUCCUGGCACUGCAGGUCCCCUCUCACUCCCACCUCCCAUCCCCGGUUGCUGAAGGGGUGAAAACCCCUUCAUUGACUUACCAGAGACAGCGACAUGUCCCACGCCGCUGCUUCUACCUCUGCUAACGCUCCUCCCCUUCAUCAUGUCAGGCACUUUAGACCUCUCCAUUGGAAAGCAUUGAAAAUGCUUUUCAAUGCUUUCCUAUGGGAAUUUUGGCGACGUUGGAGGUCCUCACAUAGCGUGAGGAAGUCCAGCGAUGCUAUAGCACAGAAAACCUGUGCUAUAGACCAGGAAGUGCCCUCUAGUGGCUGUCCAGUAGACAGUCACUAGAGGAGGAGUUUACCCUGCAAGGUAUACAUUGCAGUUUAUGAAAACUGCAAUAAUUACAGUUGCAGGGUUAAGGGUAGUGGGAGUUGACACCUAGACCAUUCCAAUGGGCAGAAGUGGUCUGGGUGCCUGGAGUGUCCCUUUAAGGAUGUGCCAACAUUUUCGCCCAAAAACUAGCCUAUCCCUUUUCGGCUGAAAACGGGUCAAACCUGCCUAAAUUUGUUAAAUUUUUAUUUUUAUUUUAACAGACAUGCUUGAAUUAACAAUUCAGAUGAUAUAUCACAAUGAAAGAUAGUAAUGAUGACAUGAAAAGUCAAGAAUACUGCACUUGGGACAGGCAGGGAAGAACACUAAUCUAUAUCCCUGCCUUUAUUAUCCCCAGAAGCAGCUAAUCUAUUUGCGUCACCAAUUACACCAGAGAAAGUUACUUCCCCUCUGAAAUUUAUAAAACCAAACAAAUGUCCUGACUCAGACAGGUUCUCUGGAAUCUACUACAAAAUAUUUUUGUAUAUAUUGAUCUUUGUAACCUCUUCAAUUCACUACUUGAAGGUGAACCACUCCUACACGAAAUGCUACAGGCAAACAUAUAUGUCUGCUCCCUAAACCAAAUAAGUCUUUUGGAACCAAGGCACUAAUUCGCUGUUAAAUGUAGAUAUUAAACUCUAAACCAAAAUUAUGGCUGACUCAACCCUUUUCCUGCCCAAAUUAGUCCACAUGGACCAAGUGGGUUUCAUCCUUUCUAGACUGGCAUGCGACAACAGAAACCUUUAACCUCAUCUGUGUGGCUAGCCAUCAACGCAUCCCUACUUUACUCCUUUAGGCCGAUACUGAAAAGGCUUUUGAUCAACUUCUUUGGCCUUUUCUGUUUGCGACAUUGAAUAAACUGGGCUUCCCUCAAUCCUCCCUUGAUGCUCUAAAAACAUUAUACUCGACUCCAAAGGCAAACCUUCCAAUUCCACAUACUAAUCAUUUAUUUCAGGGAGCUCAAUUGAUACCAUUUCCAGACCUACCGCAAACCACCUCCUUAUCUACCUUUGACCAUUUUCUCUACUUACAAAUCUGUAGCUUUAUGGACAUCUGCGCCAACAAAAAGGCAGGUACCACUUCACUACAUUCGAAAAAACAUUUAUGCGAUGCCCUGUCCAAAUGGGUCAGAUCUCCACAAUUUAUGCACUUAUAACCCCUAACGUGGUCCUUGGGUCGCUCUCCUAUGUGUCUGCUGGGGAGAGGGACUUGGGUCCCUUGGAGGACUCUACAGAUUGGGGGAAGAUCUGGGAAGCCACAGCUUCUGUUUCAAUGUGUGUAAGUCAUAAGGAACAGGCCUACAAAACACCACUUUGACAAACAAAUGGGCCGUUCAGAUUGCUCUCUUAACAUCAUGGAGAUAUUACCAGAGCACAAGAGACAAUGGUGUCUAAAAUUGAACUAGCCUCCAGGAGAAGGAUAGCAGAAAAAUGGGGUGACCAUAACAAACCUUCCUUGGAGGCGGUGACAAGCAGAGACAGGGAAGCGGUGGAGAUGGACAAAAUCUCUCUAAUAGUCCUUAAUGCUACCAAACCAUUCUAUAAAGUUUGGAACCCAUGGCUACUGGAAUAUGCUUCUCUGAAUUAACUGAUGACCCAGCAAAAAAAAAAAACCUACACUAGUCUGCUUAUUCUGGUACAGACCCCCUCCCCUACUUUUUUCCUACCUUCCCCAUACCUCUUAUGAUGCACUCUAGCAGUCUUGACUGCCUUUUCUCUUCUUAAAAAGUCCACACUGGAGUGGGUGAAGGGAGUGGAGCCUAACGCCAGUAGCAGACGGACACAUAUUUAUAUGAGCUCCGGCAUCAACUAACUAUAUAAAAUUGAAAACCGGACACACGAACAGACACCAUCGCAAAUCCUGCAAGCAUGGGUAGGAAAACAAAAAACAAAAACCCUACAAGCCCCGAAUGGGGAUGAAUAUUGGUGAUAUACUCCAAGUGCACGUGGCGGCUAGGCCAAAGAUGGCCGAAUACCUUGGUUAAUGUACAGAGUCCUCGGACGAGGACCCGCUCUAUGAGGAGACUGCUGACUUACCACCACAGGUGCCAACACCAUGGAGCCCAGACUCCCAGCCUGUCACAAUGGGAGCGCUGAAGGACCUACUCACGGGCCUCCAGAGAACUAUCCAAGCUGAUGUGGCCUCCCUCCGUACAGACAUCACAGGCCUAGUGGGAAGGCUGAGCACUCUGGGGACCUUCAGACGGACAGACACAGAAGAUAGUAGCAUUGGAGAACCUGGUGAAAGGCCUACAGCAGCAACAAGCAAUCACCGAGCAGAGGUUUGCCGCCCUGGAGGAUCAGAGGCGGCGCAAGAACCUCAAGGUACCAGGCAUACCCGAGGAAAUACCGGUGGCUGAACUCCCACACUUGGUGAGUUGCCUGCUGGUGCCACUGCUAACACCCAAACAAGCAAAGACCAUUAAUCUGGACGGUGUAUUCCGCAUCCCUAAGCCAAGGAAGGCCCCAGCGGCUGCCCCAAGAGACUUGGUAGUGCGCUUUCAAAACAUGAGACAAAUCGGCAGUGAUGGCUGUCCUCCAGAGGACUUCCCUGUACUCCUUUGAGAACAUGGGGGUCUCAUCCUAUGCGGAUAUUUCCGGGAGCACAAUGGUACGGAGAAAAACGUUCCAGCCAUUUCCUUCCUCCGAGAACGCAAUAUAAGACUUGGCGGUCACCUCAGACUCUCCUAGUCACCUCCACCUACCUGAUACCAGAGAUGCCCUACUAAAGACACUCUGCCUCAUACGAGACUAUCUAGCCCCCCCUCCCCCCCCGAUGGGGAAAGGCCCCAGCAGCAACCCACAGAUGGGACCCCACCAAGGUCACCCUAUUCGUCCCCCAGCGGGCGGAAUCUAGUGCCUACGCUGCAACGACCACCUGAGGCUUACCACGGCCUGCCUCUCCCUGCACACAUACUAAAGCAGGACUAUAGAUAACCUGCUGUAAUAGACCUAUACACAGUUUGUUAUACCUGUUAUUUUUUUUUUUUUUUGCUGUCAACUCUGCGCUUACCUCACUUUAAAAGCAUACGCACACUCUGAUGGGUUGGCCAACAGCUAACACCCCCCCCCACCUCUAACCACACCAUAUAGCCACAUACCCUAGGCUCGAUACAUCUUGGAAGCAUAGAGGCGUAAAACCUUUUUAUAUAGCAGUCCCAAACACACCUAAGGCCAGUAAGCAGCCACAUAGGUGACACUAUAGACCAUGCCAGCACCAAAUAGCCAAAAAUUACCUCCCAACUAGCCUCACCAUGAUUCAGCAAGGUACGUGUCUGUAGGUACAACCCCGAGUCCGACGCAUAAGGUGAGCAUGGACACGCAUAUCAUCACGGUCCACAGGCUGGCCAAUUUAAAAACCGAUACAUACCUUACCCCAGUACACUUGUAAAACCCUCGGCUCACAGAUACCAUCAAUGCUGCGAACUGUUUUGUUUUUGUCUUCUAAUAUGUUUUAGCACACUGUCAGCACGUGUAAACUAUUGCUUUCUCACUCCGCUGAGCCUGAGGAAAAAUACAGAAUUGUAAUACAAAAAGUCUAGACUGACGCAUCUGCGAGGUUCACAGACUUAUGCAUUAUCAUGUUACUUUUUUGUCUAAAUACAAAAAUUGUGCUAAUACUUCGCCUGCCACAUUGUUUUGAUAUGUGUUUUACGGAACCUGGCUCUGCUGUUGUGGCAAUGCCAGCCUGUUUGUUACUUGAGCACAAAAAAAAAAAAAAAAGAAUUAAAAAAUUUAAAAAAUCCAUGCUGACAACACCACCACUAGCUAGGCUGGUCAGCACCUCAGCCUCUUUGACAACCUGAGAUGGUUUUACAGCCAAAUACGCCACACAAUCUGGUAGUCUAAAAUACCGUUCCCAGUUUCUUUUAUUAUAGCAAUCUGUACCAUAGACCACCAACUUGGCCUUUAGACUUCAUGUGCAUUAAUUAUCACUCAAAUCCCAUUCGAGCAAGUUUGCUUGUUUUUGAUAAUAUUUUGGGGUUAUACUCCUAAGAAGCGCCCCUUCUCUCACACUCAGAGCAUUUAUGCCACACACAUUCCCCUGGAUGUUCCGGUUACUAUCAACUAUCCUCCCUCAAUAUGUAAUCUCUGACAUUGUACUGAACUUAUGUACUGUAUGUCAUACUUCUGCUGUAAUCACUGAAAAACAAAACCUUCCCAAAAAAAAAAAAAACCUGGCUCCUAACCAUUUAUUUAUUGAUUUAUUUUGGCCGGCUCCUAGAUUCAAAGCAAAUUUUGUCAAGCCCCGCGCUAACGCUCUAUACACCCAAUCAUUUUUGUCCUUGUUUAGCCCUUUUUGCAAAUAUGCCUGGUGUAGGCAAAAAUGUGUUUUUAAAUAAGUCUCAUCUGUGAAUCAAACCUGUAUAUUGAUUUUGGUAGCUUGUGCCUUUAAUUGCAAUAGUUUCUUGCGUUAUUACUUCCCCUCAACCGCUCUAUUACACAAAUAUUGCAUGUUUGCACAUGUUUGGGCUUUAGUUUCAAUAUGACCUUAUAAAGUGAAAAACUGAAGGCUUAUUCCAGGCUAUUUUGCGUUCAAGUAACACCUGGUUAUUUUCCUGAUCUCUGAAUUGGCUUUUAAAUGUUUUGGAAAUCAAGGCUAGUCCUAAAACUUUUGUUACACACACCCAAGUGUAUACCUAGAAUAGUGGUAAAUGGAAUCAACCACUCAAAUCUAUAGGACCACUUAUUUGAACCUCUUUGAAUGUCUGAAAUGGCAAACUAUAAUUCAACUGAAGCUUCUAAUUGGAUGAUCUACUUUUCUGAAAUUGACCCUCUAAUAAUACAUAAUUAAAGACCUUGCUCUACACCAUACAGUUGUGCAAUGGUUUUGAAAUUUUACCUAUGAAAAUCCUUGCGAUAAGGAGGCAAUGGUGGUAGUGGUGGUAGUAGACAGCCUUCAUUUGAACAGACAUCCAUGAACAAAAGCGAUUGUACUUAUUGACCUUGUCUAUUAUUUAGAUAAUCCACAGUGAAAUACUGUUUAAUUUUUAACUCUCCACAUGCUCAAAUUGUACAUGUUAAAACACUGCCAUAAAGCACAACAUAAACAAGAAAGAUGGCAGUCUGAUGAAUCCCUGAGGUUGCAAGUUUUGAUGGCUAAUUACACAACACGAAGUAUAAAAUCCUUGAGAGAUAGAUGGAUAUAUAUAUAUUAUCUAUCGGAACCAAUCUCGCCACUGUGCAUUGGAGGAGCCUGGUUGCCUGCCUGCUGACUUUUGACUAUGGACCGGCAUUUAAAUACUUUAUUUUCCUAUGCAGAAAGGUCUAUUUAUGUAUUUCUUCCCCGGCGUUCGGUAGAUUCUCGGAUUUACUGAAUGAACUCAUUUAACCCAGAUAGCUAUGACAUGGAGCCUAUUCGUGUAAUAAAAGACUUUUGGCUCCAUGGCAAUUGAACUGUAUGUGUGUGGUCUGAGCGCCAUUCAGUAAUAAUGUGCGCUCAGACCUAAGCUAUCUGGGGAUAUGUUGCAUGUCUGUAUUUAUGUAAUAAAUGUAACCUUGUGUAUUUUAUUGUACUUUACUGUAUUUUCCUACCAUGUGGCUAAUGGAGUUUUGCCUCUGUCCUUGGAGAUAAUUGGAUUACUUCCUAAUUAUCUCCAGGAUAGAAGACUCUGUGGAACUGGUUUUGGGCAGAAAAGCCAUGCUUCAUUUUGUCACAAAGGACUUCGAUCUAUCUUUUGAACCAGUGCACCAAUUUGGAUGAUUUUUGACAUAUGUUUGUAUUUGGAGUAUGCUGAUUCUGUAAGUUUUAUGUGAAUGUGAUGCAUACUUUUAAAGUUAUGAAUAAUGUGGAAAAACUGUAUUUCUCUGCCUGUGAUAAUUACAUUACCCAUUGUGUAAGGUAAUUGUUUCACAGGCAGAGGGGAGGAUUUUGUGUGUGUGUAUUGUACGUGUUUAUUGGUUGUUUUCCAAAACCCUGUGGGUUGUACUAAUGUGUUAGAAUGUGUAUAUAAGAACAGUAAACCCAAAGCUCUGUCGGGGGGGGGGGGAUUUAUUGUAUGCUGUUCCAGUUUGACUGCUAGGAGUGUAAACCUAUUCGUAUGGUUUUUCCUAUUCGGCUGUUUACGGCAUUCAUAUGCUUCUCCAGUUCGGUGGAUUGGUGACUAUAGUAUCUGCCUGUAUAUCUGGAAGGGGAAUAUCUACUAAACGGCUUUAACCCCCUUUAUGCCUGGGGGUGUCAUUAAUAAAUAUAUAUAUAUAUAAUAUAUAUAAUCUCAUUUGCGCUCGUAUAAUCUGUGACAGAUGCUUUGUGCCUUUUAGUGGUUUUUGUUUUCAUUUGUAUUGGUUUUUUUUUUCUCUCCCACAUUUCCCAUCAGAGCUUGUUAGUGUUUACUGCUAAAUAGCAACAUUGGGCUUCUGUAUCAUGUCUGACAAUGCGAGUAAAAACAGACUGACAUUCAAGUACAGAUGUCCAUUUUAAAGACUAUCAAUAUACCUGUAACUGUUUUGUCUUCUGCAGCCAGAUUUAUAUAACUACAGAAGAUUUUAAUGUUUUUUUUUUUUUCUAUUCUACAUUAAAUUAAUGUGAUUUGGAGCAGCAAACUUAUUUUACUAGCAUACAAAAAAGUACAGCUUGCUUUUACAAACUAAAUAUAGCCAAGUAAGCACUUAUGGUAAAAUCUAAACCUGAAAUGGUGACAUUUAAACUGAUGAUGCUUGGCUUCCUUAAUAUAAAUGAUGGGAAUUUUUUUGGGCUUUGAAUAAAAAAUAUUCUGCAGUUAGGUGCUUGCAGAGGUAAAUUGUUUAAACUCUUCCUUAUUGACGUGGAAAGUAUUUAACUUUUCCCACAAAUUUCAAUGUAUUAGCUAAAUGGUACAUUAAAGAUACACUGUAGCUUGAGGAAUAGAAAACUUUAUUCUAAAUGCUAUUGUGCUGUUAUUUAUUCAUUUUUGCUUUUCCCCUCCUGUUCCUCAAUCCCCCCAACCAGGAGGAGUGGGGUAAAUUACCUUUUGCAAUGGAAACACUACAGCUUCUACAAAAUUGCAAUGUUUAACAUUGAAUGAUUAAAAGGACAUUGAGCUGAAAUGGUAUAGGUGCCUUUAGUGGUGUUUUAAAGCGGUUCUAUCUUUUUUCAGUAUUUUCAUGAUAAAACUUAAUUGAAAUUCCAAAGCUACCAUAAGACAAAAAAUGGAUUACUUUGUUUUAAGAACAAUCUGAGGUUGACACAAGUUCGUGCUGUGCCAUCUAAAUUUGUCCAAUACCAGCAGUUGCCACACGUGGCUGCUGUGGGAUUCAGGCAUUAAUCUAUGGAGGUUCCUGCAGUCUCAUGAGAUACUCUAUACUCAGGAGCAGAAGAGGGUUUGCUCCAUGUUUGAAGAAUCUGAUAGAAGUGAAAGGAGAGGUGCAAAGCUAAACCAUGCUGGAAGAAGGCUUUGGGGCUAAAACAAUUGUGAACUGUGUAAUUCCCCAAACGUUAAGUUCUUUUGGUACCCGGAGGUUCUCUUUUGACUGUCAAGAUCGAGACAGGGAUCCAACACGCAGAGUACUAACAACUAGAAAGGUGUAUACCGGACCUCAGAGUGGCCGGACUAAUGUCACACAGACAAAGAAUGGUCAGGAACAAGCAGAGGUCAAGGGAACGAGAAGACAGGUAAGCGAAAGCUGAGUACAAGGGUAGGAGAAUGAAGCAAAGUCAAGAUACAAAGCCAAGUCAAGAACCACAAAUCAACAGGAAUAGCACUGAGGGAACAGACAAGCUGGAACCACGACAGGGCACUGGCGUACUGUAAGUGAGUACCUUUUUAUAUCUUGAAUUUUUAAAUGAUGUCCACGCCCUCAAAGCCUCCUGAUUCAAACUUUUCGGAGGGCCGUGACAUCAUAGACGUCAUGACAUUGGCGAAGUUGCGCUGCGUCAUAAAAGGGGGCGGGGCUAUCGCGGCCGGCGUCUAAACGGACGAAAUGGCUGAAAGAGAUGGGUGCACGUGUCCCUUCCUGGGAAUAGACGUCCAGAUGCCCGACCUCCUCUAAUGCAGAUACAACAGGUAUCAUGACAGUACCCCCCCUAAGGAACGCCCACCGGGCAGAAGGGGCCAGGAAGAGAAGCGAGCAUGAAAUGCCCGGAGAAGACGAGGGGCAUGGAUAUCCUCAUGGGCCACCCAGGACCUUUCUUCAGGACCAUAACCUUUCCAGUCAACAAGAUACUGUAAUUUCCAAUGAGAAAUACGAGAAUCGAGAACGAAUUUGACUUCAUAUUCCUCCUUACCCUCAAUCUGAACAGAAGAGGGAGGAGCUGACACUGAGGUAUAUCUAUUACAAAUUAGAGGUUUCAACAGUGAAACAUGAAAAGAAUUAGAAAUGCGUAGAGCAGGAGGAAGAGCAGGUUGAUAAGCAACCGGGUUGAUCCUCCGUAAGACCUUGUAAGGUCCUAUGUAACGAGGUGCGAACUUCAUGGAUGGAACCCUUAAGCGGAUGUGUCUGGUACUCAACCAUACCUUUUAUACCCGGGUGAAAAACAGGGGCAGGCCUUCAGCAUUUAUCUGCUUGCCAUUUAAAUAAAGCGGAAUUUUGAAUAAGAACUUGAUGAAUCUGAUCCCACAACUUCCUUAGAUUGGUGACCUGUUCAUCAACCAUCGGUAUACCCUGUGAGGGUGAUACAGACGAAAGGAUGGCAGGAUGAAAACCAUAAUUCAUGAAGAAGCGGCUAUUACGAGUAGAAUCACAAACUAGAUUGUUGUGUGCAAACUCCGCCCAAGGAAUCAGACCAACCCAAUUAUCUUGGUGUUACAUAGCUGAAAAGAGACUUGCGUCCAUCAAGUUCAGCCUACCUCACAUUUGUUUUUUGCUGUUGAUCCAAAAGAAGGCAAAAAAAAAACAGUUUGAAGCACAAUUUUGCAACAAGCUAGGAAAAAAAUUCCUUCUUGACCCCAGAAUGGCAGUCAGAUUUAUCCUUGGAUCAAGCCGUUAUUACCCUACAUUGAAAGAUUAUAUCCUUGAAUAUUCUGUUCUUGCAAGUAUGCAUCUAGUUGCCAUUGGAACAUCUGUAUGGACUCUGAUAAAACCACUUCUUCAGGCAGAGACUUCCACAUCCUGAUUGUUCUUACAGUAAAAAAACCUUUCCUUUGCCUUAGACGAAAAGUCCGGUUUGUGAAUAGAUUUCCACACAAUGGUUUGUAUUGGCCCCGAAUAUAUUUGUAUGUUAUCAUAUCACCUCUCAGCAACGUUUUUCUAAACUAAAUAGGUUUAAAUUUGUUAACCUUUCUUCAUAGCGGAUAUGUUCCAUUCCUUUUAUUAAUUUUGUAGCCCGCCUCUGCACUUUUUCUAGUGCCAUAAUAUCCUUCUUUAGAACAGGUGCCCAAAAUUGCACAGCAUAUUCAAUGUGGGGUCUUACCAGUGAUUUAUAAAGAGGCAGAAUUAUAUUCUUGUCCCGAGAAUGAAUGCCCUUUUUCAUGCAUGACAAUACCUUACUGGCCUUGGCCACUGCUGAUUGACAUUGCACAUUGUUGCAUAGUUUGUUGUCUAUAACAAUUCCCAAGUCCUUUUCGUGUGUUGUUAUCUCUAAUUCGCUUCCAUUAAGGGUAUACGUUGCUUGUGUAUUCUUUACGCCGAAGUGCAAAACUUUGCAUUUUUCAACAUAAAAUUUCAUUUGCCAUUUGAGUGCCCAGUCCCCCAGUCUAUCUAAAUCACUCUGCAGCAAAGUAAUAUCUUGCUCACAUUGUAUUGUUUUACAAAGUUUGGUGUCAUCUGCAAACACUGAAACAUGACUUUCAAUGCGGUCUUCAAGAUCAUUUAUAAAAAUGUUAAAUAGAAGAGGUCCCAGAACAGACCCCUGAGGGACACCACUUGCCAUCUCUGUCCAGCUUGAAAAUUUACCAUUAAUGACAACUCUUUGUACUCUGUUUUUAAGCCAAUGUUCUACCCAAGAACAAGCAUUUUCAUCUAGACCGAUUUCCUUGAGUUUGAACACUAAUCUAUUGUGUGGAACUGUAUCAAAUGCCUUGGCAAAAUCCAAAUAGAUCACAUCCACAGCAACACCCUGAUCUAUACUUCUGCUUACUUCUUCGUAGAACGCAAUCAAUUUAGUUUGACAUGACCUGUGCUUCAUAAAACCAUGCUGAUUUUUGCUUAUAACAAUGUUCUUCUCAAGGAAUUCUUGAAUAUUAUCCCUUAAUAACCUUUCAAAUAUUUUACUAGCCACAGAAGUUAAGCUCACGGGGUCUAUAAUUUCCAGGCAAGGAUUUUGAACCCUUUUUGAAUAUAGGAACCACAUCUGCCUUCCUCCAAUCCUCCGGCACACUUCCUGAAAGAAAAGAAUUCUUGAAAGAUUAAAAACAGAGGUUCACUUAUUUCUACACUUAGUUCCUUAAGUACACAUGGAUGGAUACCGUCAGGCCCUGGAGCUUUGUUUAUAUUAACUUUCUUUAGUUGCUGCAGCACCUUGUCUUGAGUUAACCAAUUACAAUUAUCCUUUAAUGAAUCGCCUAUAGUAAUUGGAAUAUCCGAUAAACCUCUGUAUGGCUUGGAGUCCCCUAGGCAAAGGCCAAUGUAAGAUAGAUCUAAGUUUAAUUGGAUCCAUCAUAAAGCCAGCUCUGGAAAUGACAUAACCUAGAAAACUUAUCUGAGAUUGAUCAAAACUACACUUCUCCAAUUUGCAAUACAAGCCAUGUUGUAAAAGUUUAUGCAACAUCUUUCUGUGAUGAGUUUCUCUCUAGAAUGUAGUAGUAUAUCGUCCAGGUAUACUAUAACACAUUCCUGUUGAAAUUCCCUCAAAGCCUCAUUGAUUUAGAUCUUGAAAGACAGCUGGAGCAUUACAUAGCCCGAAUGGCAUUACUGUGUACUCAUAAUGACCAUAGCGAGUAUUGAAUGCAGUUUUCCAGUCGUCUCCUUGCUGAAUUCUUACCAAGUUAUAAGCUCCUCUUAAGUCCAACUUGGUAAAAAUUUUGGAACCUUUUAAGUCUAGCAAAUAACUCGGUGAUCAGGGGAAUGGAAUAAGCAUUCCGAAUAGUUAUUUUGUUUAAACCUGGUAAUCUAUGCAAGGCCUCAGAGUGCCGUCUUUCUUAGCUACAAAGAAAAAUCCAGCCUCUGCUGGUGAUGACCUAAAAAAUCCCUUUUCUAAAUGAUCUUUUAUGUACUCUUCUAGUACUAAGUUCUCCUUCUUGGAUUACACAGUACCUCUCUGAGGCAUCGUACCAGGUAGAUGCUUAAUAGUACAGUCAAACAACCUAUGUGGAGACAAGGUGUCCGCUUUCCCUUUGUCAAAGAAUGCCUUGAGAUCCUGGUGUUGAGAUGGUAUGAGUAAGUCAGUAGACUGGGGAGAGUUGGUAGGAAUGCUAGCUAUUCAAACUGGUGUGACUCUUUGCAAACAUCCCCCAGUACAACCCAGACCCCAUGAUACUAUCUCCCCUUGUUCCCAGUCAAUGGCAGGGUUGUGUCUCCUUAACCAGGGAUACCCCAGAACCACUGGAAAUGAGGGAAAGGAAAUUAACAGUAGAGACAUGGUUUCCUCGUGUAACACGCCAAUAGUUACUUUGAUCGGUAUGGUUUCAUGAAAGAUAACAGGUUCUGAUAAUGGUCUACCAUCUAUGGCCUCAACGGCCAAGGGGGUAUCUCUUAGUUUAGAAGGGAGAAGUUGGCUAUUGGCAAAUGCUUGAUCCACGAAGCUUUCUGCUGCUCCAGUGUCUAUUAAAGCAAAAGUAGUUACGAAUCUCUUCUCCCAGGCUAAAGAGAGAGGAAUUAGAAGCCUAUGGUUCUUAUAUUUAUUUAGAGGACAAGAUCGAAACACCCAAGGCCUGUCCUCCGGAGGAACUUAGGUGCGUAGGUGACCCCUUUGUCCACAAUAUAAACAAAGGCCCUCCCUUCUCCUGUAUUGUCUCUCAUCCUCAGUCAAUCAAGUAGUUCCCAAUUGCAUUGGCUCAGGCAGUGCUAGAGCCAUAGAAUCGGAAUUCUGGAAUGAGGGGGCCAAUCUAAUAGGUCUACGGGUUCUAUCUCUAGUAUUUUGUCUUUGUCUCAUGUGUUCAUCUAUGCGUGAGAUCAAUGAAAUCAGAUCUUCCAAAUUUUCCGGAAGUUCUCUAGUGGCUACCUCAUCAAGAAUUUCAUUGGAUAAACCAUUGAGAAAUACAUCCAUAAAGGCUUGAUCGUUCCACUUAACUUCGGCCGCCAGGGAUCUGAAUUCUAACACAUAAUCCACAAGUGUUCUAUUUUUUUGCCUAAGACUUAACAAAGCCCUAGCUUCCUGGAGGAUCAAAAGUCCUUCUAAAUGCUGCAACAAAAGCGUUAUAAUUAUAAACCAAAGAAUUAGCCCAUCUAAGUGCCUUAUCUAUUAGCAAGGUUAUUAUAAAUCCGACCUUCGCUCUGUCCGUAGGAUAGGCACGGGGUUGCAACUCAAAAUGAAUACUAAUCUGGUUCAAAAAAACCUCGACAAGUAUCUAGUGAUCCGCCAUAGCGUAGUGGUGAGGUAACUCGAGAGGAGGCCCCUACUGUGGCUGCCUCUUACCCUGUGCUUACAGGAGUGAUAAUGGAAGCGCGAGUCUCCUCAGGUUGAGGAUUCGGCCAUGAUAACAGUGACUGCAAUUCCAGAGCCAUCUGGUCCAUUCUAUGGUCCAUGGCCUCAAAUCUUGAGUCCUGGAAGUCGACCUGAGGAUUAGUACCUGCAGGAUCCAUUGGCCCUGUCGUAAUGUCAAGAACGAGACAGGGAUCCAACACGCAGAGUACAAACUAGAAAGGCGUAUACUGGACCUUAGAAUGGCGGAACAAGAAGGCCGUCUCUAGAGGCAGCCAAUCACUGCACAAAUAGGACGUGUGCGCACAGCGGUGGAACUAAAGCCCAGGAGGUUGUGCUUUCCACCAAAGUUCCGAUCUCGCGACUGCUCAUGUACAACUGGAACUUCCAAUUUUUGUCGCUAAACUUUAAAAAUAUUUUGUCAAUAUUUAUUUUAUUAAGGCACAUAUGGGGGUACAGAAGAGAGAGAGGGAAAUGCAUGAGUAUUUCACAACGUACAUUGGUGUAACUAAACAAUGUUAUUUACAUUUCCAGUUUGUUAAUGCCUCAUUUUUUUGAUUUUUGUUAGUCGCGUAACGUAAACGUGUAUUAAAUUAGGUUGCUACUGAACGAGUGAGACCUAUCCACUGUAGGUGCUUCCCUUCGGGCAUAUAGGUUGAGCGGUACCAGCUGGUACUAACAUGUGAUUACCAAACAGCAUCAAGUGAAACUAAUCAAUCAAGCUCAGCAGAAUUAUGUUUAGCACUAUUAAUGUUUGUAGGGCAAACAUACAGUCGAUUUUUUGCGAUGUAUUCAAUCUAACCACUAGUUUACUGUCUUGUGAUAUUAUGGUUUGCAUAUUCUAUGCUAUUGUGUCUAAGUGAUGCAUGCUAUGGUAGUAUGCAGCGUAUAUAUGAUGGGGCUAGUGGGUACCCUGCGCCUGCAUGAUACAGAAUAGACAUACGCUGACAGGUUAGGUUAACUUUUGUUUCAGGCGGCUCAGUACCUUUUGCUAACAUAGUAAGUAGCCCAUAAAGGGAAAGCAGGCUUAUAAGGCUGCUGCUGUGUGUUGCCGCUAGCAAGACCAAGUAUAUGGUUAAGCUAUGUUACAUGAGAGGUGGCAUUUGUAGCACUAGGCGAGUAUAUAGUUACAGUAAUGUGAGAGCGUCCCAAGUCCUGCGUGGUGUCUAGGCUGGGAGCCUAGAUGUGGGUUGCAGGGGCACUUCACCCGAUACCACUAGUGUGUUUUGGGAGGUAGACUGUUUCCUGGCCCGUCGUGGUAACCUUGUCGUUGCGUCUGUCAGGGCCCGCCAGGCGCUCCGCUCCCCGCAUUGUGGCUCUCCCCUCGUACUUCCUGGGUACCCGUCGUCCAGGUGCCAUGUGUCUUCGGCCCGAGGCCUUAGCAGGGGCCCUUGCCACAUGUCCACUGACCCCAUCAACAGGGUCGUGGGCCCAAGGAUCCGCCGGAGCUCGGCUGUCCCCUCAGGUGUAUGGGUGGCGUGGGAGGGUUACCUCCAGGUGAACCCCCAGCUCGGAAGAAGUGUGCAUGGCUCUGGUAACGGCAUGGUCUCCACGUGCGGUGAGGUGCGUCGGGCGAAUAGCCCAGGAUUUGCACAGGAGUGUGCCCGGACAGGCCUUUGCCUCUGCUCCUAUUCGGCAUAUGGGUUUUGGUGCGGCCCGUGCAGGUAGCUUCAGCCGUCUCCCAUUCCUGUCUGUAGGGGUGUGCUGUCUCCUCAGCGUCGUCUGUGGGUGCUUUGGACGUUGAGUAGAGUUUGCCCUGUGGGUUUUGGGGUUUGCCACUGCUGUUGGCAGUUGCUGUCUCUUCGGCCCGUAGGCUCCACGUGUCUGCUGGCUGUGGCUCAUCUUGUGUGUCGCUGGAGCUUGCGGUGGCGCCGGAUCUGUGCGGGUGAGUGUCAGCUGCUGUGCAGGUGUGUUUGUGCCUGCCUGUUGCUCCCUGGAUGCCAGCUUCGCCCAGAACCUGGCGAACAGCUUGUCUAGUUUAGCUUCGAGCUCCGCAUUCCUUGCUUCAUGUCGCUCCGCUGCUCGCCCGGCUUCUCAGCUGGUGCAGUUGUGGGUAGGUUGCUUCUCCGCGUUGGACCAGGAUCCCCCGCUGGUCCUGGGGGGGGAGCACGGCAUCUGUGGGGCCGUGCCGUCAGAGUCUGGGCGAGGAGAGCGGCCGCCUCUCCUUGUUCCCGUCCCCCGCAGGCCGCGGCUUUCUAUUCUGGGUGUCCGAUCUGUCAAGCACUCACUAAGGGUUUCAGGAUUGCUGCCGGGUCGCCCCUGUAGUGGGUGGCUCAUCCCGGAUUCUUUAGUCUUCAAUUUAGCGAGUUUUCAGCAAGAAUUUGGCAAGUACAGCGGGAGCCCAGCUUUUCUGCGACUUCUCAGCUUGCUGGCUUGGCCCCGCCCCCCUAAACUUUAAAAAUAUUUAUUAGAAAAAGCUGUGCAGAUCCUACUAAGAGCAUGAAGGCUACUCAUAAUGGAUCUCCCGUGUCACCAACCCCCCACACCCACAGGUCAGAGGUGAGAUUUAUUUGGUCUCAGUCUUGAAAAUCUCUGCUAAGGUUUAUUUGAAAAAUUUGUGUGUGUAUAUGUGUGUGUGUGUGUGUGUGUGUGUGUGUGUGUGUGUGUGUGUGUGUAUAUAUAUAUAUAUAUAUAUAUAUAUAUAUAUAUAUAAUAUAAUGUGUGUGUGUAUAUUAUAUUAUAUAUAUAUAUAUUUAUAUAUUAUAUAAUAUUAAUAUAGGUUUAUUGAAGAAGUUAAUAUCGCUUUACCGAAGGAUAUGCCAGAGGAAUGCAAUAAAAAGACCAUGCCAAGACAGCAACAUAUUCUGGAAUUCAUGAAUGGGGAAUGGAAAAAUCCAGAAAAGAUGGUGUUUAUCUCCAGACAUUUAAAAAAAAAAUUCAAGUUACAAGGAGAAGACAAAUGGGAAGAAUUCCAAUUGGGGAAAAGACGAUUCCAAUUGAGGAAGUGUCUGGUUGAAAGACCCAGUGGAUAAGAGGGCUGAAACCUCUUGCAGAUGGGCUUACCAAGCUGCAGGUUUCCAAUGUAAAGCAGCGAUGGUAGGACCUUCAGUAGCUAACGCUCACUCCUACUGGAUUCAUGCAUUAGCAGAUUGCCUAGUAGAUCACCAAGAUCAGUACACCUAUUCAGUAACCUAAAAUUGUCUGAUUUUACCUUCUAGAUAUAACAAAAGUAACAAAAUUCUCAACUCAUAUCAUGGGAUUAACAUCUAUCUCCCAUAGAGCACUAUGGCUUAAAGCCUGGACGGCCGAUACAGCCUCUAAGGCAGCACUCUGUGAACUUCCUUUGGAAAGGAAAACGUCAUUUGUAUCUCCAUUAGAAGAACUGAUUUGAAAAAUGUCAGAAACUAAGAAGGCGUUUCCUCAAGACAGGAAGUAUUCCUGGAGGCAUGGAUAUAAGAAUUUUCCAGUAUCAGAGCGUAGACGUUAUCAAGAAAGACCACGUUUUUUUUUUUUUUUGUAGGCAAAAGCAAGAUCCAAGAUUUGAUAACCGCAAAGAUAUCAGAACAGAUAGUCAAAAGAUUCUGACGCCAUAAAAGUGGGAGGAAGGAUAAAACCUUUUGUUCACAGAUUGAGACACCUCGUCAAAUCCGUGGAUUUUAAAUCUGGUAACAAAUGGAUACAAAAAUCUGAUUCUCAGACCCUUCAAAACCAAAUUUCCUAGUAUACUCCUACCAAUCGAAUUUAAAGAACCAGGCUUUUUCAGCCCUUGUGAUCCUGUUAUAAAAGGGGGUCAUAGAGCGAGUUCUAAGGGCCCAUCUCUAUCAAGAUGGGCAAGAUUUGUACCUGUUCCCAAAACCAGGUAGGUCAUUCCGGCCCAUUCUAGAUCUGAAGGGUAUAAACCACAUGAUUCCAUACCAACACACCAAAAUGGAGACCAUUACAUCAGUGACACAGGUCCUGCAAAGAAGAGAUUUUAUGGCAACACUGGAUUUAAAAGACUCAUAUCUGCACAUUCCUAUCAAAGCCCUACCGUUUGGUCUGUCCUCGGCGCCAAGUAUAUCAACAAACAAAAAGGUACAAGGGUGAGAAAACUACAGAUAAUCUGCGCAAGAAUUAUGUAAUGGGCUCAAAUAAUCUAGAGGAUCUGUCGGCUGUUCGUAUAAGGGGUAUAAACAACAUUAUAGCAGAUUGUCACGUACUCAUCCGCACAUUAAAAUGUGGUUAAUGGCAUUUACUGUUCUGACAGGAAAGGUUGUGCAGCAAUCCAUGCACAUGGAAACCUGGUAAUUGCUUCUGGGGUCAAAGGCCGGUUACAGCCAAUCGGAUCCGCAGGAGGGGUAUUUAAACCCAAUUCUCCUUUUGCUCAUGGCUCAUCCUAAAAGUAAUCUGAGAGUGCCUUCCUGAUCUUGGAUUUUCUGGUAUUUGACUUUGGCUUCGUUUUGACUUCCCUGGUACUUUUGGUAUCCUUGACUUUUGUCUUUCCCUCAUCGUUGAGUCUGAUUCUGUUUGCCUGACCUCGGCAAGUAUUUUGACUAUUCUUGGAUACAUUAACCCCUUAUGGACCCAUGACAUGUGACAUGUCAUGAUUCCCUUUUAUUUCAGAAGUUUGGUCCUUAAGGGGUUAAGUCAGGCCAUUCUAAGGUCUGGUUAUAUGUUAUCCUUAGUCCUAGGUGUGACACAGUUCUCUGUGCUGGAUCAACUUGUAAUCCUGAAACAGAUGACCUCAGCAGAUCAAGAUGGUCCCAGAACGAAUGGUCCCUCAAUCCUGUUAGUUUCUCAGAUUGUAGAGAAAUUUGGGAUGCCAGUCAUAGACCUUUUAUGGCAAGAAGAAAGAAUGCAAAGGUAUUCCUUUUUAAGGCAGACUCUCCUCUGGUCCUGGAUGGUCUAUCGAUCAAUUGGGACUUAAAACUUGCUCAUGUCUUUCCUCCUGUAAGACUCAUUCCGUGGAUUCUUCAAAAAAUAACAGACAAGGCGUUCUGGCAGUAGUCCCAUACUGGCCAAACCGAAGUUGGUUCUCUGCCUUGAGGACCAUGGCUUUGAGGUCUUGGGAAGUUCCUUUAUCAACAAAUCUCCUGGAGAACACAGGGAUUCCCCUAGACAUCGUGAAGAUGAUCAGAUUGACAGAAUGGCUGCUGCAAGGCUGUUUUUACAUCACAAAGGUAUUAAGGAUGAAAGAUACCAGUUUUUACUUAAAGGGACACUAUAGUCACCUGAACAACUUUAGCUUACUAAAGCAGUUUUGGUGUAUAGAACAUGCCUCUACAGCCUCACUGCUCAAUCCUCUGUCAUUUAGGAGUUAAAUCCCUUUGUUUAUGAACCCUAGUCACACCUCCCUGCAUGUGAUUUGCACAGCCUUCCAUAAACACUUCCUGUAAAGAGAGCCCUAUUUAGGCUUUCUUUAUUGCAAGUUCUGUUUAAUUAAGAUUUUCUUAUUCCCUGCUAUGUUAAUAGCUUGCUAGACCCUGCAAGAGCCUCCUGUAUGUGAUUAAAGUUCAAUUUAGAGAUUGAGAUAAAAUUAUUUAAGGUAAAUUACAUCUGUUUGAAAGAGAAACAAGUUUUUUUUUUCAUGCAUGCUCUGUCAAUCAUAGCCAGGGGAGAUGUGGCUAGGGCGGCAUAAACCGAAACAAAGUGAUUUAACUCCUAAAUGACAGUGAAUUGAGCAGUGAAAUUGCAGAGGAAUGAUCUAUACACUAAAACUGCUUUAUUUAGCUAAAGUAAUUUAGGUGACUAUAGUGUUCCUUUAAUUCUACCAGAAAAUCUACCUCUGGCAUUUAUUUAAGAAUCUGGACUUAAUUAGAUACGAUUUUUGAAUUUUCUGCAGGAUGGUCUUAAUGCAGUAUUAGGGUUAUCUACUCUCAAGGUUGACCUUUCCGCUCUUUCUGGUCAAGAAUUUGGCUUCAGACAUUUUGAUUCAGAGAUUCUUCAAAGUCGUAAAAAUCAUCAGACAUCCAAAGAGGAAUUUCUUUCCUUAAGGGGAUUUGUCAGUUGUUCUUAAGGCCCUUUGUGAAGAACCAUUCGAACCUUUUAGAUGAAAUUUUCCUGAAGCUUUUGUCUCUUAAAACAAAAUUUUUAGUAGCAAUAACAUCUGCUAAAAGAAUCGGUGAAAUUCAUGCUCUUUCAUAUUCUUCAGAAUUCACUAUUUUCUUUCCAAAGUUGUCCUACAUCCAAAACCAUCCUUUCUUCUAAAAGUCAUUACGUCUAGUGCUCUCAAUCAUCCAAUUAUACUGCUUUCCUUUGGUAAUAUGUCAGCCUCUGAACAGGAGAAAACCUGGCAUAUGCUAGAUGUUAGAGUCCUAUAUUUAUAUUUUCGUUCAUCUGACUUUAGAAGAUCAGACCAUCUUUUUGUUAAUUUUCUUGGGAAAUUCAACGGUCUUACAGCUUUCAAGGCUAGUAUGGCUAGUGGAUACCAUAAAAUUGGCCUACACUUCCUCAAAAUUGCCUUUGCCUUCAUCUUUAAAAGCGCACUCAACCAGAGCUAUGAGUAUCUCCAGAGGAUAUAUGCAGAACUGCUACGUUUUCUUCCUUCAACACUUUUGUGAAGCAUUAUAGGCUAGACCUAUUCUCUACUUCUGAAGCAGCUUUCAGGCAUAAGGUGCUUUCAGCAAUGGUUGCCUAAUUCCCGCCCAGGGUUUUUUUGGGAUCUCGAUAUAUCCCUAUUGUACUGCCACGAUAUGUUAGGAAAAACUUUAAUUUUACUUACCGUAAAAUUUCCCCCCUCCCUGUCCCCGCCCCCCCCCCCCUACUUUGAUAAUACAUUUUUACAGUAAGAGGUAUCUAGUGUUUUAUUGUUACAAACUGUGGGAUCUUGGAAGGUUAGUACUUUAUACCUAAUGGGGGAGGAUCUUUUUUUACAUUAAUUUCUUUUAGAUGCUUGUUCAAGGGAAGAGCACAUCCCUAUUGCACUGCCACCAUAUUAAGGGAAAUUUAAAGUUUUCUUUACUAUUGGUUUGAGCAUUUUGUUUUGGGAAUUAUUACCAGGCCUGUCCCAGGGGACAGCUGGAGCACUAGCCAUGCUAGCAUUGUCAGCUAGUGCUGAAAUUUUUUGAAUGUAGUUAAUUUAGUCUAAACUUGUUGAAAAUGUUUAUGUAUGCACUUCUUUAAGGCGUGGUGGAACUUGCAAUUUGGGACCACAACGUCAUCUGACCCUUUAUUGUGUGGGGUUUUGUAAUAUGUGGGUUGGAGUACUAGGAAAUCAUGUGUCCGCAGUGAAUAGAAGUGAUAUAUACUAUAUGGAUGACUAAUUGAAAUGGUUUGUGGGCCUUCCCGUGUAUCUAAUAAUCUGUAUUCCUGUGUAUUUGGUUUGGGAAUUACUCAUACAUUUAGGUCUGCUUUGUCAGACAUUGAGAAUUAUGGACUGCUGUUCAUAUACACGAUCUUAAGCUGAUUAUGUUGCAAAUCGAACCCUUCCCACCCACCCCCCUUAGGUAAACUUAAAUCAUCCUGCUCAUUAGUGAUUCUUCUUGACUUCCUUAUGGCAGAUUUAUUUCGGAAUUGUAUAUGUAUUAAUCUUAAAACUAUAUUUUUAAGAAUGAGGCAUAUGUUCUGCUUUCACAUAAUACAUGAUCGUGUACUCCUCUAGAAGCCUCUCUAUAUGUACUCCCUUAAAGACUUGAGCACCCCCUCCCCAAGUAUUGAACUAGUUUAACCGGUUAUGCUAAAUACAGAAAAUAGAAACUGUACUAAUUGUAAAAUUAAAAACCCUGAAUAAGGCAUUUAAAAUAUAUAAUUUAAUUUUAAUUUAUUAUUUUUUUUUAAAUGCUAUGGUUUGAUCUGAUGAGACACUACUGUGAACACCUUUCUCCUAAAUGCAUGUGUUGGUCUUUUAUUUUACCUUGAUUGUAUGCUUUAAAAGAUGUGGAAACUAAUUUACUAUAAUCUAUAUUGUGUCUUAUUUGCUGCACUUAGCACUUCAGAGUAUGUCUUGUAAGAACAGAGAGCUAAUCAAAGUGUAUCUGUUAGUUCUGGUAAAUGUAAAUUCACACUACGGCAACAUGUCCUGUAAAAUACUUACGGAAAUAUAUUUAAACAAAGGAAUUUAAAAAUGUGGCUAUUUUUCAGCUGCCUGUUGUCUGGUACUUGGUUUCCCUUUAAAUGAACACUAAAAGCAACUUAACCACUACAGUCCUCAUUGUAAGUAGUCAAACUGUUUUGAGCGGCUUGACUUCUUACUUGAAGUAAACUGGAGCAUCGCGUUACCUCUUCCUGUGUUGUUGGCUGUCCUGAGCUAAGCCUGUUUUUGCAGGGCCAGCUCACUGGCUGGUAGCAUGAGCUUUAUUGUAACCAAGGCAGGGAGCUUCCAACUAGAAUGAGGCAACGAUCAGCAACUUGCAGACCCAGGCAAGUCAUAUGUUCUUUUAAAAAAUGUAUUUUAUUUUUAGUUUUAAUGUUUUAACUACUGGUUUUAGGGUACACUGGAAUGGUUAUAGUGGUUUGUUUGUUUUUUUUUUUUGGUUUUUUUUUAAACGAGGGUCUAAUAAAUGCAAGGAGGCCAAGUUAUUAGAUGUUGCAUUGUGAAUGCUGCUAUUUAGAAUUCUAAAAUUCAUAGGAGGGAAACAUUGUAUAUUUCCAUAAAGUAGCAUGUUAUCAGCUUUUAGAUGUCUGGGACCAGAGAGUGGGAUUGUCUAGAUUUACAGGGAUGGCCAAAUGGUAGAUCCCUAGAUUUUGUACAAAUGCAACUCCUUGAUGCUUUGCCGUUUUAAAGGCUGGCAUGGCAGACUACUUGUCUAAGGGACUAAAUAGUAGCCCAAUCUACUUGUACGUCAUGACAAUCUAUUUGUUCUGACACAAAAUUAUUUCAGCUACAAAAAUUGGGAGCUCCUCUCUAGAGCCCUGGAAAUUGUCUGGGUUAUUCAUUCAACUCCAUAUUUUAGUAAAUUGAACCCUGGAUAAAUAGCCAAUCUGUAAUUAUUCUCCAACUUCUCUAAAGUAGUGUCCAAUUUUUGCGUCCGUUUUGCCAUUCAGAUCUAUUUAACAAAAAUGUAAAUCUUGGUAAAUAACGUUGACUGCCUCCCCUCCCCCCGCCCAAUAGUGUGUGUGUGAUAUCUGUGUAUGUGUUGGCUGUGUAUAGUGGGGGGUGUUGGUUAUAUGUAUUUUGUGUAUGCGUGUGAUCUAUAAGUAAUGUUGCUCUUUUUUAUGUAGUGGUUCGAACUUGGCAGUUAGUCCAGACGAAAGACUGCUAAAACUUUCCUAGUUGUCCAGUGGGGGGGUUGUAGUUAAAACCGUCUGGGGGGCUUACUACUAAAUGGUAGUCAGGGCGGUUUAAAACUCACCUUUUGGUGCAGUGGGAAAGUGUCAGGUCCAAGCAUUCUUGAGAGUGCCUGACUACAUGGGAACGAUUACGGAGGUGGUGCAGACCUAACAGUCCCUGCUUGGACAUGGUCUUCCCUGUAGCUUCCCAGUUGCUUGCAUGUGACAUGUCUAAAGAAAAAAAUAAUCAAUCUACUUUCCUUUCAUGCGGAAUUGCAUGUCCUGGAUGUAAGGCUUGAAUUUCACACAACUAUCUGUUUGCCCAGCUUUGGUGUAGAAACAGUUUGGUAUGCCCCUGUAGCCAUUUUUAAUUUUUUUUUUUUUUUUUUUUUUAUAUAUAUUUUGGCACUUGCAAAAUAGAAAGCACCAAUGCUACAGAUUUCAGGCCAAAAUAAGAUAACUAUUGUUACUUCAUUGUUUGCUGUCAGUUAUGAGGUGUGAGAAAUUCAGUAUCCGCACGGAUCAUCACUUUAUUGGCACAAUGCAAAUACUUGCUUUCAUGAUUCCACUUUAUAAAAUACAGUGAAGAUCAUUGUAUAUUAGGCUGCAACAUUUAUUCUCAAGUUAAAAAAGCUUCUAAAAUGUCUCCAAAAUAAUCUUUCAAAUGAAGCUCCAUGUAAUUUUAUAUAAAAUACACAAACAGAUCUGUGUUUUGGUAUUGUCUUAACCUUGGCAUUGGGUUCCUAUUCUGUACUACCAUCGUAGAGUUUUAUGUGCAUUCUGUUUUUUCAUUUUAUUGAGUUUUUUUUUUUUUUUAAUGUUUUGUUUUUGUUCAUCAGGUAUGGAAUAUCAAACAGAUGAUAAAAUUAACACAAGAGCACAUUGAAGCACUGCUAGCAAAAUUUGGAGGCGACAAUAACCCCCCCUCGUUAUAUGUGGAGGUUAGUGUGAUUUAAAACUGUGUUAAUUUAACCUACAUAAAGCUACCUAUAUGUUACAAUGCAAGUUGGCGAUGGCAUCCAUUUUUAUUUAUUUUUAUUUUUUUUAUUUUUUUUGGACAUCUUAUCUGGGUGCUGCUGAGAGCAGAAACUCUUUGCCUGAGUUAAUUCAGGAAUUGAAGUUCUCAGCCAGCGAACCAGCUCUGCAAUGCUCUCAUCCCUGAAGAGAUGUGAAUAGUGGCGACAGGCGGCCAUUUCACUAUUUACAUCAUGCUUUAGUGGCUAUGAUGCUUGGAGCCUCCAACCUUGCAGUGGUAAGUAACUGUUAAAGCCUGGUUAGUAAUGUAGGACUUGAAAGCCCUGGAUUACAGUUUUGCUUUAAAGGAACACUAUACCACAACUACUUCAUGUAAUUGAAUUGGUUAUGGUGUCUGGAGUCCCCUAGUGCUGUCCCACUGUUCAGGGUUAACAGGAUUUGAACUCUAAAUGAGGGCUCUCUGACUCCUGCUGUUCGACACCGCUCUGUUAUCCAGACUGAUGCUUGAGCUGAUGUCUAGAGUGCGAAUUUAAAUGCAAACAUUAUAAAACUACAGGUCACAGCCACCCCCCAAAUGGUUUUGUGUCUGGAAGUAAGUGAACCAUGAUAGUGUAAGGCCACUCAAGUAAGGGAGAAGCUCUAGGUACUUCUUGUAGUGCCUAGGGUGAGCGCAUACUAUCUCCACUUUGGAAGUAAAUAUUUAGAACCUGAAGAGUUUGAGAAGGUGGGCACCUAGUUUUGAUCGUGAGCGUUUCAAGGCUUUUAUAGGGACUGCAAGGAGGGAACCUGAGAGAAUUCUGUUUUCUAUUCUAUUGGCUUGUAUAUGGUUCUCCGUUGGCCAUAUGGACCAGUAGUCACCAGGGCCUUCCACUGACUAAAGUAGAUUGCGCGUUGUUGGUGAUAAAGCAAACAUAAUUUUUCAUGCGAAAGUUGUUAGGGAUGCACCGAAAUUAAAAUUCUGGGUCGAAACCGAAAAUUCAGGAUGCCCUUGGCCGAAAACCGAAACUCAAAAUGAAUUUCCCCCAAAUGCUUUUAAAAUAGUUUUUUCCCUUUAUCUAAUGAUUUAUUUGUGCUAUUUAGUUUCUAGUUCACUUUAGAUUGCAUUAAAUGAUUUUCUAUUAAAUUUAUUUAUUGCCCGUUAAUCUGUGUACAAGUACAACAUGACAGAUACUAUAUGGUAUAUACAUCAGUACAAGGGUGAGGAGCACACUGUCUGGCCAGCUGAUGUGGGAUUGAAGGGGAAUACUGAUUAAUAAUAAACCCCCAGGAAGUAGCAAACAUAGGUGCCAACCGUUCCGAAUUUGCCCUGACAGCGCUACAUUUUUGAAGAACUGCCCGGCAAAAAAUAGGUCCCAAGGAUCUGGUCAUUUUGAAAUCUGUCAGCACUUAGCAGAUUUAGAAAUGCAGGAGUGGACUGGGUACUAGGACAAAGCACUUCAUUGGCAGGUACAGGCAGAAUAUAAUAAGUUAUGAGCUUUCCGGCCGCCGGUCUGUAACUUACCGCUGGCGGUGUGACUGUAUGUUUGCCACAGGCUUUCCCACUGCUUACACUUCACUUCCGGGUACACAGCGCAGCGGCAAAGCAUGGUCAUUUAUACAGUGACCCCCAACAUGGGGUCCAUAUUCAGUAGGAUCCUGCCCUCGUGCCUCUGUGUUUGAGAGAUAAUGGAGUUGCUGAUUAUCUCCCGGAUACAGAGCGCAUAACACAAAAACCCAAAACCAUAAUAAAAACACACAGAACCCCCCCCAUAUUACACAUCCUCUGAUAUCUCUGUUCAGAGCUCCCAUGUUUGCAAAUAGCGCCCAAUCCAUGGAGAAUUGACAAAUCGCCACUGGGGUAAAGUUUCGACCGGCCGCUCACAAAGUUCAUACCCAAAAGAGUUCAAGGACGAUUAGGGCUUUGGCCGGUCAACUGUCAGGAGUUCCUGUGGGUGAUGGGAGCGAUUGUUCCACAUAGUCUGAGCCACCUUCCCUCUAAAAAGCACUCUUGUACAGUGAGGGGAAAAAAGUAUUUGAUCCCCUGCUGAUUUUGAACGUUUGCCCACUUACAAAGAAAUGAUCAGUCUAUAAUUUUAAUGGUAAACUAUUUCAGGUUGUUCAUACAUUUCCAACUCACGAACGCUGGAAUGAGUUUUAAAUUUUUUUUUUUUUUUACCAGUGCAAGACUGAGGAGAUCAAAUAAGUAUUCAUUUAGAUUACAUAUAAAUCCUCUUUGGCACUGGAGGCCUGCAAUGAAUCUCCCUACACUGACCAGCACUAUUUAAAGGCACACUAAAAUAAUUCCAGAAUAAUUGAAGUAGAGAUGUGCUUUAAUGGAAAAGUAGAAAAAGAAUCUAAUUUAUUUUAUACCCAUACAAAAAUCUAUGCAGUGUUAAUCUCUAAGUGGGGUAUGUUUAGUCUUUUUUUUUUUUUAGUAGCCACUUAGUCACAAACACUGGCCAAAGUUAGCGUUCAUAUUUGUUUUUGUGUGAAAAAAGCAAAAAACUAAUAUUUGGCCAGUGUUUGUGACUAAGUGGCUACUAAGAAAGACUGGACAUACCCCACUUGCAAUACCUUGGGUUGUCUAAUUUUGCAAAUGGUAUGCCAUCAUAGGGGUAAUUCUCAUUCCUGGGACACCAUACGCUCUCAAAGGCAACAUAACCAAUCUGUCAAAUUUCAAUGUCAAAAAAAAUGAAAUGCAAGCCUUAUAUGUGACUCUCUAACUUUCCAAAACCCCAUAAAACCUGUACAUGGGGGGUACUGUUAUUCUUGGGAGACUACACUGAACACAAAUAUUAGUGUUUUAAAACAGUAAAACAUAUUACAAUAUAUAAUCCAUAAAAGUGCCGUUCGUUUGUAAAAAAUGCAAAAAAAAGUCACUUUUACUUAAAAUAUCAUCGUUGUAAUACAAUUAAUCAUUUUGAAACACUAAUAUUUGAGUUCAGCGAAAUCUCCCGAGUAAAACCGUUUCCCCUAUGUAUGUAUGAUUGAUAGGGGAUCAAAUACUUAUAACUUUUUUGACAUGCGUUUUUCUGGAAAAAAAAAUGUGUUCUGUCUCUCACUGUUAAAAUAUACCUACCAUUAAAAUUAUAGACUGAUCAUUUGUCAGAGGCAAAUCAGCAGGGGAUCAAAUACUUUAUUUAUUUAUUUUCCUCACUGUAGUUGCUAGGGAAGUAGGUGAAAACAGGGGUGAAAGCUGGCCUGGGUUUGAGGUUAUCUGCAAUCAGACCGGAGUUUCAGAAUAAUUGGGAAUAAGUCACACUGGAGUCUUUUAGCUUUCUAGACUCCAGAUACAGUUAGGGGAAAGGGCACUCUUAGUUGGCCUGGAGGGGAAAAUGAUGGGAGCCAUGGGUAGUGAAAAUAGUCUCUUGGUGGACAACAUACUGGAAACACAUAGACAUGUGGAUGGGGACUUGGGUUGUUUGUCACACUGACCGUUACUGAAAGCACAAAAGAAGGCGCACAAUUAUAAAAUGUAUGAUCACUGGUCAUUUUAAAUAUAGAGAAGAAACUAAUACUAAUCCAAACUCGUAAGUAGUUCAAAGUUAAAAAAUGUACUUUUUAACAUGUAAUAUAUGAACAUAUCGUGCACAAGAAUCAGAAAAAAAAAAAACAACCCUCAAUAAACUAAAGUAUGUACAGAGAUCGUAAGUUACUCUAUACUGCAGAUUAGAGCCAGCAGCAGUAGGCAUCACUGCUGAACUAAAAAAAUAGCAACAUUGUAUCCGUUUAAUUAUAUUACAACAAUGUAUUGACUGUCUCGGUUGUCUCUUGAGGGGUAUAUCAAUUUACUCAAGUGGAUUUAUACGGUCUCCUCCCAAUUAAGCUUAUCUCAACGAUCAUGUCCCGAUUAAAAACCGGCACAACUACUUGUAUCCUUCUCCCUAGAGGUGUUUUUCCACUUUUCAAUUGGCUUAUUUGUCAAUCUUACGGGGGCGGGCUAUUUAAACUCCCUUUAUCCCUAGACCCUGAUCCCCCUGCCUGACCGACAAAACCCUUUAUAGACCUUUGUGAUUCUCUAUAAGGUCUCACGUAUAUUGAGUGUUUCUCAUCAUGACCUUUACAACUUUUUUUUUUUUUCUCUCUCUAUACUUAAAGGUAGAGUAUGCUCAUUAGUUACUGCUAGCUAGUUAAUCUUUUUGACUGUUCAGGUGCCCUAGAAGGCACAGCUUAGUUAUAAUUUUACCUUAUAGGUGUUUUAAUAAGUGUUACCUUAUAACUGACUGUAUAAAAUGUGUCCCUGACUUGAGGGCAACAGCUAUAGCUAACCAAUAUUUGUUGCUGCAGAUAAAUAGCCUUUUCUAAACUAAUCUUUUCAACAUUAAAUUGCCCCUUAUAGAUUCUAAGUUGUAGGACAUUGGCCUUAAACACUAUUUUAAACUACACAGCCUUGGCAACCUUUGUUUUUGACCAUAAGUUUAUACUUGUAGUCAACAUGUGAGACAUAGUCAAACAUUGUUACGAUAUAAUUUGCCAUUUUUAGUUAAAGGACCACUCUAGGCACCCAGACCACUUCAGCUUAAUGAAGUGGUCUGGGUGCCUGGUCCUUCUAGGGUUAACCCAUUUUUUCAUAAACAUAGCAGUUUCAGAGAAACUGCUAUGUUUAUGAAUGGGUUAAGCCUUCCCCUAUUUCCUCUAGUGGCUGUCUCAUUGACAGCCACUAGAGGCGCUUGCGUGCUUCUCACUGUGAUUUUCACAGUGAGAGCAUGCCAGCGUCAAUAGGAAAGCAUUAGGAAUGCUUUCCUAUGUGACCGGCUGAAUGCGCGCACAUUCAGCCGAUGAAGAGGAGGAUCGGAGGAGGAGAGCUCUCCGCCCAGCGCUGGAAAAAGGUAAGUUUUACCCACUUUCCCCCUUCCAGAGCCAGGUGGGGGCACCCUCAGGGCACUAUAGUGCCAGGAAAACAAGUGUUUUCCUGGCACUAUAGUGGUCCUUUAAGCGGUGAUGCCUACUGCUGCUGGCUCUGUAAUAUGCAGUAAAGAUGGUUAAUUACAACCUCUAUACACACUUGUGUAUAUACUUUGUUUUAGUGAGGUUUUUUUUGGGGGGGAGGAGGGGUUUGAUUCUUGUGUACAACAUUUUUAUAUAUUGCAUAUUAAAAGUUGUUUUAACUGUAAACUGGGCUAGUACUCGUUUCUUGCCUAUAUUUAAACUGACCGUUAAGUCAUUGGCUCACGCGCACGUCAUGGUGAUUCUCAGCAUGCUGCGCUAAGCGUACCUCUGAAAACACCCUGCAUUGUAUUCCUUGCAUGGCUCCCCUGCCAACAGUGCUUGAGCUCUGCUUUACCAACUGCCCACUACUAAUCAGUGCAUGAUUGGCAAGGACAGCAGGUAGGAGCUGCAGCAGGACUGCAGUCACACCGUACAGAGCACUGACUUUGUCAAUGUAACCCAUCUCAGUUGGGCUAGGGUAAGGUUAGGGUAGGGUAGAGUAAGCACACUGUUAGUGGUAUGGUUGCUAUAGGGUUAUCAUUAACUACCAAAACUAAUUUCAUUUGGAUUCUAAACGUAUGAGCAUACUGACCAUUUUCAUUUAACCAUUUUAUCACAAACCUAGGUCAAAAUUCCUACUUGUGUCCCACUACGGCAAACACUGCAUAUCUGUAUUCUGUUUGUUCUCGACUUCAUUGAUUUCCACCAUGUAUACCUUUUCACCUUAUCCCACCUCUCAAAGUAUUCCCUCUGUUAAUAAUAGUACUGACAUCAGCAGAGCGGUUUCUUUGCUCACACAGUACAGAGGGCUCAGUGAGCACUCUGUACUGUCAGUUCAGCAUGAGGGGGAAAGCUGUUAUAUUUUUUACCCCUGCUGGUACCUUGACUGCAUGACUUUUUAUGCAGUCACUGGACAGUAAAGCCUGCACUGCGUAACGGAAUUGAUAGCCAUGUGGUUCUAAAGUAGUUAACCCCUUAAGGACGGCCGGCGUGCUAUGCUGUCCUUGGGGACCCGGCUCUAAACACCAGCGGAUGGCAUAGCACGUCCACGCCGUCCUUCCCACUUACCUGCUUGCCAGCAAUUGCGAUAGGGGGACUUACCUGACAUCACAGGGAGUCUCCUUUGCUGCCGAUCCAGCCCUCCUGGGCCAUGUGAUCACGAGGACCUCACAUGGACAGAAUAGCUGUCCAUAGCAGUGACAGCUGCUGCCUAAAGAAAAAUUUUAAUAAAGUGUGUGUGUGUGUGUGUGUGUGUGUGUGUGUGUGUGUGUGUGUGUAUUUAUCAAAAUACACUUAGAAUAUUAAAUAUAUACAUGAAAAAUAAAAAAUAAUGUGUAAUUUUGUUUUAACGGUAUUUUGGGGUGUGUGUGUGUAUGUCAAAAUACACUUAGAACGAAAUAUAUAUCUAUAUACAUAGAUAUAUGUAUGUAAUAUUUGUACAUAAUUAAGUCAUUUUAUUACAAUUUGCGGGACUCUCUUGAAAAUCCAGAGAAUUUAAUUUGCUAGCACUAUAUUUAACCCUGUAACUUUCCAAGACACCAUAAAACCUGUACAUAGGGGUAAUGUUACUCUGGAGACUUCGCAGAACACAAAUAUUUGUGUUUCAAAACCAAAAUUCGCCAGAUUAGUUACGUUGCCUUUGAGAUCGGAUGGUAGCCCAGGAAUGAGAAUUACCCCCCGUGAUGGCAUACUAUUUGCAAAAGUAGACAAUCCAAGGUAUUGCAAAUGGUGUAUGUCCAGUCUUUUUUAGUAGCCCCUUAGUCACAAACACUGGCCAAAAUUGGCAUUCAGAUUGUUUUUUGUUUUUUUGUUUUUUUUGCAUUUGCAAACAAAUAUUAACGCUGGCUUUGGCCAGUCUUUGUGACCAAGUGGCUACUAAAAAAAAAAAGACUGGACAUACCCCAUUUGCAAUGCACUACUAUGCAAAUGGUAUGCCAUCAUGGGGGUAAUUCUCAUUCCUAGGCUACCAUAAAGUCUCAAAGGCAAUGUAACAAACCUGGUGAAUUUCAAUGUAAAAAAAUGAAAAAUGUAACAUGCUAUAUUUGACCUUGUAACUUCCUAAAACACCAUAAAACCUGUACAUAGGGGGUACUGUUUUACACGUGAGACAUCACUGAAUGCAAAUGUGUACUUUAUUGCAGUAAAAGCAAACAUUAUUGUGACAUUCACAGUUAAAAUGAACUAAAAAAUAAUUUCUUAAUUUCUCACUUUUUAAAAAAUAUUUUAUUUAUUAUUAAAUUCGUUCAUAGCUAAAUAUUUGAUGUUAAAUGAAAGCCCUGUUUCUCCUGAAUAAAAUGAUAUAUAAUAAGUGUGUGUGCACUUAAUAUGAAAGAGGUGAAUUACGGUUGAACAGACAUGUAGUCAAAUUCCAAGUUUACGUCACGUGGCCUGCGGCAUUACCCCGCUGCAGAUCGUGGGCGGGGGCAUGCCUGGGCCCCCAUGCAGCCUCUGAUCGCAGUGACAGGCUGUCCCUGCGAUCGGUAAUUACCAUGUGUCAGACGAUUUUAAAAUCGACUGAUACAUGGAGCCGCAACAUUUUACAGCUGCAGAUCGCUGUCGGGGGACAUACCUGGCCCCCCAGGCAGUCACCCUGCGGCCAGUGACCGCAAUCUGCAGGAGGUGAUUAGUGACAUCCAGACACUGUGAUCACUGAUCCUGUGUGUCAGCCAGUGAUGUGAAAUCACUGGCUGACACUGUCUUUGCCCCUCUCCUGUUAAAAAUAAAAUAUUAAAAAUAAAAUAAAUUACAGUUACAAAUAAAAUAUACUUAGGUCAUAUAUAUUAUAUAUAUGAUCUGUGUGUGUGUGUAAUAUCUAUAUAUCUCUCAAAAUACACGUAGAAUGAUAUUGAUAAAUAUAUAUUUAAUAAAAAAUAAAAUAUUUAAAUCCGUUAAAUAAUUCAAAAAUGUGUGUAAGUUCGUUCUAACUGUAAUUUUUAUAUAUAUAUAUAUAUAUAUAUUUCUCUUUCAUUUAUGGAGUAAAAAAAUUUCUUAUUCUAAAGACUGUGAGUGCAGUCCAGGACUUUCGUGUGUGUGUGUGUAUGUAUGUGUGUAUAUGUAUGUGUAUAUAUAUAUAUGUGCACUCAAGGAGUUUUAACAGCUUUUACUGUGUAAAGAUAAAUCAACGUUUUAGCUCCACUAGGGAGCUUUCAUCAGGACAUACCUGAUGAAAGCUCCCUAGUGGAGCUGAAACGUUGAUUUAUCUUUACACAGUAAAAGCUGUUAAAACUCCUUGAGUGCCGGUCUUUCUACAAUUGAGCUACCAGAGCACCAGGUAAAAUAUAUCUUUUUAUUGGAGUGCAGGGGUUUGACAUAUUUUUUGUGUGUGUGUGUGUGUGUGUGUGUGUGUGUAUAUAUAUAUAUAUAUAUAUAUAUAUCUCAAUAAAUAAUUUUUUUACAUAUAUUUAUAUAAUGUGUAAUAAUUUUACAUAAUUAGGUGCUUUUUAUUAAUUACAAUUUGCGGGACCUGCCUGACAACCCAGGCCGAAAGUAUAGGGAAUUGAAUUUGCUAGCACUAUUUUUAACCCUAUAACUUUCCAAGAGACCAUAAAACCUCUACGGGGGGGGUACGGUUUUACUCGGGAGACAUUACUGAACACAAAUAUUUUGUGUUUCAAAACCGUAAAAUGUAUUACAACGAUGAUACACUGACGAUAUUAUUGCUGUAAUACUUUUUACUGUUUUGAACACAAAUAUUUGUGUUCAGCAAAGUCUCCUGAGUAUAACAGUACCUCUCAUGUACAGGUUUUAUGGUGUUUUCAAAAGUUACAGAGUCAAAUAUAAGGCUUGCGUUUCAGUUUUUUCACAUUGAAAUUCGCCAGAUUAGUUACGUUGCCUUUGAGACCGUAAGAAUUACCCCCAUGAUGGCAUACCAUUUGCAAUAGUAGACAACCCAAGGUAUUGCAAAUGGGAUGUGUUCAGUCUUUUUUAGUAGCCACUUAGUCACAAACACUGGCCAAAAUUGGCGUUCAAAUUAGUUUUUUUUUUUACAUUCAUACUGACAGACAUGCAUGCAUACACGCACGCAUGCAUGCAUGCAUACACACACAGAGAGCUCAUUUUCCAGCCACCCUCCUGUUUACCUUUUCUUUGCAGGAGGGUGACUGGGGCUGAUGGGAGUAGUCGACACGGCUCUCCCUCACUGCCUGGCUUGCGGUCCUCCCGCGCGGAGUGAGUUGUGGCUGCUUUUUUUUGCGGCCCGGUCACGCUAUACCAUGGCCAUAACGCUGACCAGGCCCCUGAAGAUAUAGGGCCCAUCGGGUGGCCCUAAGUGCAUGGGCCACCCGAUAGGCCCCGGUGCACUUCCGCCGCUACACGUGGGCCCCCCAGGUUGUCACCCCCCUAAUGGGGGGUACUGUUUUACACGUGAGACAUCGCUAAAUACAAAUAUGUGUGUUUUGGUUUUUUGCAGUAAAAGCAAACAGUAUUUUGACAUUCACAGUUAAAAUGUCACAUAGAACUAAAAAUUUUUUAAAAAAUCUAAUUUUCUCCCAUUUUGUUAUAUUUUAUUCAUAUUUAAUUAUGUUCCAUACCUAAAUAUUUGAUGUUAAAUGAAAGCCCUGUUUCCCCUGAAUAAAAUGAUAUAUAAUGUGUGUGCAUUUAAUAUUAAAGAGGUGAAUUACAGUUGGACAGACCUAUAGCGCAAAUGCCAGGUUUUGUUUACGUUUCCUUAAGGGGUUAAAGUUAAUGCACUUACACAAAAAGCUUUAGUUAACACUUAAUGUUUUAAAUCUGCAUUAACAUUUUAUUCCCAAAAUUUGUGUUGUGGUUUUACUUUUCACCCAGUUUUAAUUUAGCAUUACAGUUUUUGUUUUUUUUCCUGAUGUGCAGUGUCUGAGCUGUGCCAGUACACGGCAGGGAAAAUGUUCUUUUCCAUAGCCAGGCUGGCUCUCCAUCUGUUUACCAUCCAGAAAAAAAAACUGAUGUUGUAACCCGUCCAAUAUUUCACUGUCCUUGAGUUACUCUCUCUUGUGUUGUGUAAACUGGAGCAGACACUUGUUAUAAACAGCAGGUAUGACCUCCCCAAACACACAGCCAGAUCUGUCUUUUUUUUUUUUUUUUUUUCUUAUUUCCCUAAGCAGUUUACCUCCUUUGCAUAUUCUUCUCCCCAUUAGUCAAGUGUCCUGUUUGUACAUUUUAAUUGGCUUGCUAGGAGUACCUUUUAUGCAAAAACUAUCUUAAAAAACUAGUGUUUAUAUUUUACUAAAUAUCUGAGUCACUGGUGUAAACUAAUUUCUAUGCAGCAGUUUUAUUGCAUCAUGUUUUAAAUUAGUAGACUUGACAAACUUCUUAUGUUUUAAAGGGAAAUAGAUCUUUUGCAAUCAUUUUAUUGUCAAGUCUGCGAAAUUAUUUUUCUGAAGGCUAGAAGGUGCUGCUAGCACCAUGUAAAUAAAACUCUAACAAAUAAAAGGGUGCUAUAGACUCAUAAGUCAGAGUAUAAUGAAAAUUGGUAAAGACCAAAUCAAGUGCUCUAGGGACAUAAACAUAUUUAUUUUUUUAAUGUUUUGCUUGAAUGAUUUUAGAAAUAUUGAAACCCAACUUGUACGUCUCUUGCUUCUAGUUGAUGGGAGUAGCUUAUUGCACAUUCUAUUUGAAGAUCUUUUUCUCUAUACUAUAAUAAUAAACUGAGUGUUUGGGGAGGUUUUUUUUUGUUUUGUUUAUGUGCUUGCACUUAUCAGUCAAAUCCCGUCUUCACUUAAGCUGUGAUGCACUUGUCAAAACAAGAUCUACCAAAAGAGGUAUAUCUAUGAUUGUUAGUGUGAUAGAGCACCUCCGACCAGUGAGCUUCCCAGCUGCCACAUGUAACUCUGGAGCUCUUCCACCCAACCAGACUGCAGCUCUCUCGUUCCUGGCGGUUAUCGUCCCCUCUGCCUAUUCCUCUGCAGUGCUACUUUCAGGCAGGUUGCCAUACCUCUGCUUGUAAUGUGAUUGCCUACUGACUUUACAAAGUCACUUGUGGCACUCAGGCCUAGCUCUUGUUUUGACUUAUCCCAGGCUACAGGGAUCAAGCAGCAAGCCUACAGGUCUGAAGACUCUGUUACUGCAAUUCCUGGACAAAUCUACAAAGUACACAUCAUUCCAAAAGGAACGAACAUACACCGCUAUAUUUUUACUUAAAGGGACACCGUAGGCACUUUAUCUGCUUCAUCUCAUUAAACUGGUUAUAGUGUCUGGAGUCUUCUGGUCCCAUCAUUUCUAUCAGCAUUAAACCGUUUUUAAAGUUUUAAUGCUAAACAAGAGUCCCUGGCAAUCCAUCCCCUCUGUGCUGCUUUGGCUAAUAAGGAAGUAUUAGCCUGAGCAGAAAUGGGCAGCUGUGAUUGGCUGAGAGUGUCAGCUGACUGCUUUUAGCCUGUCAGAGUUCCAACUGACGGUAUGAGUGGGUAUGACAACAAGGAAGUGUGUAAUCUCUGCCUUAGCUACACAUACUGAAGGGGCCGGACUUUGGGUGGCCAGGGACUCUUAUUUUGUGGCAUACUGCACAAACAUGGUGCAACACUGAAUGGAGGGACAGUGCCAGUGUACUUCAGGCACUAUAACCAAUUCAAAGAGAUGAAAUGCUUAUAGUGACUACAGUGUCCCUUUAGGAAUAGCCCAUAUUGUCUUUACACUUAAAUUACUGUGACUGCUUCAAUAAUAUACUAAUAAACAAAUCAUAUCAGACAACAUACAGGAACUUAUAAAAACGUAAUUACAUGCUUCUAAACGAGUGAGGAGGGCCAUAAUUAACAUGAAAUAUGUUUCCUGCCUGCAGAAUUAGCAAUAUGCAAAUCUACCUGAAUAUGCAACUUAACCUGAAGAUAUACCUGCUAUUCAGGUAGUCCAUAUAACAGUUUCAAGAUCCUCACAAUCAACAGCUGGCGUUGUACAGGCUCCACAGCCAAAGCCACCUGUUGGUUAAGAGAAUCCGCAGGACAGGAGUGCACAUAACAUAUUAAACAAUAAACAGUCACAUUACACACAACCUGCACCUAUGAUGGGUUCAGGGUGACUAAAACAUAAGAACAAUUCAGGAACCUAUGCAAAAUGUCAAUCUUCUGUACCAGAGGCUAGCUGCACCACUGGCACACAUGCCUUAGGUAACCUUGCCUGCCCAAUAUAAAAAAACGUCAGUCGUCCGAGAGUACUGAAUGCUGGCAACGGAGGUAGUGAGCUUCUACCUUGCAGGGCUCUACCUCCCGACCCACUCGCCUUCCUUUCUUGCAUGAUUUAUACCUGCCUCCCCUGGUGAGUUGUUUUGUUUCCCCCCUCCCUUAAUUCCCUCACCCUAUCUACUACCCUUAAAAUGGCACAACAUGGUGUAUAUAGGGUUUAAAGCACUUUUUUAUUUUUUUUUAUUUUUUUAAUACACUUUCCUAUGGUGAUUUUGAAAACCGGCAUCCUCUUGCAAAGUGACAGACACUGCACCUAGACCACUGUAAUUUGAUUGUAUGCAGUGCAAUUUAUUGGGGGAACCAGGACUUUUUUAAACUAACAGAUUGGCAGUUUUUUUUGUUUUUUUUGUUUAGGGUAUCAACAAAUUUUUAAAUUCAAAUAUCUCCGACGUCAUGUGUCUGCAUUUCUAAAACGUGAAGUAUUUGCUUGAUCAAUGCUAGUGUGUAUUGCUAGCAAAAGUAACAAUCAAGCAUCCUUCGACUCCAGCCAAUGAGUCGCCACAUUGCGACUGUACGUCACUUGUCCCUGUGAGUCCAGGCAUGUAGAGCUCAGCUGAAGGUAGGGAGGUAUAGAGCGUCAUUAAUCUACUUUAAUGUGCAUGCUGCCUGUGAGUGAUAGGAGUGUGAUUGCUUCAGUUAGUACCAGGUUAGUGGUUUUUAUUUUUUUUCCUCAAAACUAAAUGCACAGAAUAUUAGCAGUGGAUAUCAGUAAUCAGCCAGAGGCGACCAAUAACUCUGGAAAAAUAUUUGUUGAUCCAUAGACUAUAUACAUGCAGAGUGCUGACACUUUGUGUGUGGGGUUUGUUUGUAUUUAAUUAAAUAUUAUAUAUUCUUUUUUCCAACAUAUUGUAUAUUUUAAAAAAAAAAAAAAAAAGGAAAGGAAAAGAGAGGGGAAGGAAAAAACAGCAGUAUAAUAUUUGAGCAAUUACUUAAAUCACCAUAGAAAGCUAAGGUACUAUGAAGUGUUUUGGUAAAGCACAUAUAUCAAAGUAUUAAACCGUUUUCAUACAAAGAUUGGACAAGAAUUGGAUCACACCAGUCUAGUAUCCGGUCAGCCAUGAAUAAUCCUCAAUUUGCUAAUUUGUGUGUGUGGUUUAAGGCUAUGAUUUGGAAAGCAUUGUUGGUUAAACAAAAACAUAUGAUUGUCAACCCUAACUCACAAAUUCCAAACAAGCAGAUGUACAGCUUUUAUGGCACAUUCAUGAACCAAAAAAAAUACAUUAUUUUGAAACUUAGGAACUGGAAACGUUUCUUUUACUGCACAGAGACUAUAAUUUUUCUAAAUAUUUCAUGGUUUAAUUGAUGUAGAAUGUCUUACUCUUCUGUGCUCGUCUUCGAAGGGCAUAGCUUCACACCAGAAAUAGAAACUGGUUGCCCCUCUUUCUAACCAUAUCCUCUGAAUGACAACCUAUCAUUUUCUAAAUUUAUAGCAGCGGUUAGGAAAAGUAGGAUGUGGGUAGAGACAUAAAACUGUGUGGUCUAGAAGAGGAAGGACAGUUCCUUCCAUUCCCUACACCACAAGGGAACAGGAUUGAGGCUGUAGAACAAGCAAUGGACCAUCCAUUCUUCACAAUAGUUUAACAAGCAUAGCAUCUAUGUAUAAUUUUGAAUCGGCAAGAUGAUUUUUAUUGAUUUUUUUUCCCCCCAUCUGCCAGAGCCAUAAGUCCGGCUUCAACACUGAAAGUGUUGAACCAAGGUAGAUACAUGUUGAUAGCUAUUUUUGCCUUGCCAUGGAAUAUCCGUGUACAUGGUCUAUGAAACUCAAAAAAAAACAAAAAACUAGUGAAAUCACAGAAAUAUGCAUAAUUCUCUCCUGUAGGAUUUGUUCUCAAAUAUUGCAACUGACUGCACCCUCUUACUAUUAGACCGUUACGAAUUGAAGUUCCUCACUUACUUUUCUGCAGUCGUAUAAUCUUAUCAAAGUGGUUAGUGUCAUUUUCUUCUUAAUAGAUCUUUACAAUAGCUCAUGCAUUCUUGUUUACCAUAUCUUCAUUUUAACGGACAUUAAGAAAAUGCUAAAUAUUUAGGUUGAUACCCUACAGUCAAGCAGCUGCAGAGUGCACUUCCCAGAUCACAUCUUGGGAGACACUCAAUCUACUCAAUGGGAACUGAUAUUUCGGUUCGCUUGGCCCUCAAAAGGAGUUUCACAAGUCUGAUCAGUAGAAGUACAUAUUGUAGUGAUCAGAACAUUUUGAGCCCUAUCCAUACUUUGCCUGUACAGCUCAUCUUUGCUUGUGCACAGCUACAUUUGGAAUGCUGAGAAAGCACCAGAGAGGGGAUGGGUAUUUUGAAAGCCACACAUCUGCAUCCUAUUUGUAUGGCCAAUAGAGCAAACCGGGUCCAGAACUUUUGGACUACACCUCCCAUGAUGCUUUGCCAGCAUUAUGGGUGCAAAAGCAUUGUGGAGGAUGUAGUCCACAACAUCUGGCGUGCUGAAGGUUGCCUAUCCCUGUCCUAGAAAAAUGGUCAGGUUUAUAGCUCCAGAUUAAUUUAUUUGGAGGAAGGGGAAAAUCAAUGUCCAUAUAAGCCAAUAUGUGCAAAGACAGUGGGGCACUUGCAGCAUCACCCAUGGAAUAUGUAAAGGUUAUGUUGUGUAGAGUGUCAGUUUAACGAUUAUAAUUGUGCUAUAAGAUAUCCAAUGAAUAGGAUAGACAUUUUUAUUCUUUCAAUUAAUUUUGUGACCUUUGCGAUCAAUAUUUUGUUUUCCCCCAACAAUGUAUUUUUUCCAGUCUCCCAAAUAAUGAUCACCUUUUUUCACUUAGCUGGUUAAUAUUAGCAGAAGAAAACCCUUUGGAUUAGGGUUUAAGAGUAAGGGAUUAAGUAUUAAGAUUACAGAUUUAGGAGAGGUAUUUGGUUUAGGAUUAGAGAUGGAAUUUAUAUUCGGAUUAGGUUCAAACUAGGGCAAGCAAGCUGAUAACAGCAGAGAGGAUCCUCCUACAGUACUACUAGGGCUAGUGUUAUGGUUAGGCAUAUGAUUUGUGUAUGGAUUAGCAGUGCUGGCUAACCUUGACUCUAAAAGCUAGCUGAGCAUCAUGGGAAAUGUAGUCCAGAAACAAUUUAUGGUGUCACUGGAUUAGGGUGAGGUUUAUGAUUAGGGUUCUAUUUGGGAUUUGGAUUUGGUUUAGGAUUACCAAUUGCUUUGUUCCAAAUGUAAAUGGUGUUUUGUUCUGUUCAGGAGAUGUUGUGGAGUACAGUUAAGAUAAUGUUAUGACAUUUGGACGCUUAAUAUUUAAAAAUAAAUAAGCAACAAAAAUUAAAACAAAACUCUACAAAGCUCAGAAUAUCAUGUGAGUACCACAGUGUCAACAUUUGCAAAUGGUAUGCAUUUACAGAGUAAAUUAAAUGAGCUACUAAAGAGCACAAUAGAAUCAUCUUCAAUUUUCUUUUUCUUUUCUUUUCUUUUUGUUUUAAACUGCACUGGGCAGCUUAUAAACUUAGUCCUGUGUUUUCACAUAAACUUGACAAGAGUGUUAUUUUCAGGACAUUAAUGUUCUCAAUAUGCAUCUUGGCAGUGAAUGGUCCUGGACCCUCCUUAGCUAGCUAAUGACCCCAAACCCCUUCUCAGCUGUUUAUAAAAUGCUAAACCACCUCUUUCCUCCUUUAAAUGACCACUAUAGGCACCCAGACCACUUCAGCUUAAUGAAGUGGUCUGGGUGCCUGGUCCAGCUAGGGUUAACCUUUUUUUUUUUUUUUUAUAAACCUAGCAGUUUCAGAGAAACUGAUAUGUUUAUGUUAGGGUUAAUCCAUCCUCCAAAUCCUCUAGUGGCUGUCUCAUUGACAGCCGCUAGAGGCGCUUGCGUGCUUCUCACUGUGAAAAUCAGUGAGAAGACGCCAGCGUCCAUAGGAAAGCAUUGUAAAUGCUUUCCUAUGAACUGGCUGGCUGCGCGCGCGGCUCCUGCCUUGCAUGCACAUUCAGCCGAUGACAUUGCUAUGAAGGAGGAGAGGAGAGCUCCCCGCCCGGCGCUGGAGAAAGGUAAGAUUUUAACCCCUUCCUCUCCCCAGAGCCCCACUCGUUUUCCUGGCACUAUAGUGGGCCUUUAAUUAUCUCCGUAGCCAUCAUUCACCAGCCUUUUUGUUUUUUUUUAUAUAUUUUUUGAUGGGCCAUGCCCAUCUCUGCUUCUCAGUGAAACGAGUGUGCCUCUUUUGAAACAACCUUUAGCAAGGUUAUUUUCUCAUUGUUUUUGUGUUUUAUCGUUUCCCUGCAGGCUUAUGAAGAAUACACAAGCAAACUAGAUGCCCUACAAAAAAGGGAGCAACAGCUGCUGGAGUCCAUGGGCAAUGGGUCAGACUGCUCCUCUCUGUCCUCAGACACCCUUCCACUUCCCCUGCCGCCUCCACCACCAACACUGUCAGCGCUGCAGCCCCCGUCUGAUCUGUCACGCAUGGCACCAAAAUCACCUCAGAAACCUAUUGUUAGAGUCUUCCUACCUAACAAACAACGCACAGUGGUGAGCACAUCUCCUUUAAAAGAGCGAGAAUCUGUUAUAGCUCCAAAAUUACCUCAGAGACUAUUUGCUAUUUAUAAAUAUUCCAGAUUGUAAGAUGCUGCUUGAUAUGCGAAAUGAAUGUCCUUCAUCCAUGUUUUGCCACCUUUGUAAAUUUAUUUGCAAUUCUCCACAGUAUAUGGAACUUUUUGAAAUACCACAAAUAGUUUCUUGAGAUAUUUGCAGAACUCUCAGGGUGCGGUUGCUUUCUUUUUCUUUUUUUUUUUUUUAAGUAACAUAGAAUUUUUUUUUAUUUUUUUUUCUCUAGUUACAUUGUAUUUAAAAAUGUAGUGGCUGUUUUUCCUAGUUACUGUUUUGUCUUCCAAUUCAGUAAUGCCCAAUUAUCCACUUCUUUUUCCUCAAAUGCAAAUUGAGGGUUUUUAAAAUUGUGUGUAAUUCUCAUAACUUCUCUUUAAGUUUCUGCUUAAUUCUCUACUUCUACAAUGUGCUUUAUAGAUUAUUUGGUGAAGUAUUAAUGUAAUGCUACAAGAAUUGUAAAGGACAUGAGAUGUGAGAAAAGCUGAACUUGAUGGAUGCAUGUCUCAUCUAUGUAACUAUGAUGACAUAACUCAUGGAAAUAGAACUGAGCGUAAUAGUUAAAGCUUCCCGGGCCCUACAUACAUACGUACAUACAAACAUGCCCAUAUGUCCCCCCCAUGCCCCCCCAAAAAAAGUUGUCAAGUGAACAUAUUCCUUUUUACUUUAGGUUUAUUUGAUUUACGCCCCCCCGCACCUCCAAAUAUUAUUUUAGUUUUGUUAAAUUUAAGAUUGACAGGACUACACCAAUUCAUUGUUCUUUGUCUAGGUGCCUGCCAGAUGUGGUGUUACUGUGCGGGACAGCCUAAAGAAAGCAUUGAUGAUGCGGGGGCUGAUUCCAGAAUGUUGUGCAGUAUAUAGGGACCAGGAAGGGUAAGAUUGUUGGUUUUGUUUUUCCUAGAUAAAGCAAUCAUAGUAAUGUGUUUUUUGGGUUUUUUAUUUUUUUUGUUUUUGUUUUUUUUUUUCUAACAAGGAGAGGGGGUGGGUUAAUUAAUGGGUAAAUGUUAAACAAUUUAUUUCCAUUCUAUUUUUAUUAAGGUUGUUAUGCAUAUUGUCUUUGUGUUUAAACUUUAGCAUGAUGUUGUGAUUUUGGUUAUAGGUCAUGCCUCUGUAGUCUUACGGCUUGAUUAUCUACCAUUUGAGUUAAAUUUAUUUAUUUAUACAGCACUAGUCACACCUACCUAGCAUGUGACCUGCACGGUUUCCCUACACAUUUACUGUAAAGAGAUCUAAAGGUGAAACUUUUUUUGCACAAUCUGUUAGAUUUUCCGAUCUCCUGCUCUGUUAAUGGCCUUCACGAAGCUCCAGUGUGUAGUUAAAGGAACACUAUAGUGUCAGGAAUACAAAUAUGUAUUCUUGACACUAUAGUUUUAAAAUCACCUUUAAGGCCCUGGCCCUGCUCUCCUUACUUUAAAAAGGUGUAAAACUUAUGGGGUUUUUUUGGUUUAAUUUUUCCCUUUGCUGAGCUGGAUUCGCCGAGACUGGCUCCACCUCUAUGGAUGAGAUCAAGAAAGGUGACGUUCUCAGCCAAUACAAUGCUUUCCCAAUGGAAAGCAUUGGGAGGCUAUUGCACAUCUGCAGCAAAAUGCAGGUCAUUUCGCCAAUCAGCAUCUCCUUAUAGAUAUGCAUUGAAUCAGUGCAUCUCUAUGGGGAGUGUUCAACAUCUCCGUGAUCAUUUCUACACACUUUGCAACAAAGUCUGACUGCCACUAGGGGUGUUCCUAGGCAGUAAAGUAAACAAAGGGAAAACACAGGAAAACACAUAAAGGAAAACACAGGAGUGUGCUAUACACUCCAGAACAUUAAGCUGGAGUUCUGGUGACUUUAUUGUCUCUUCUAAAGUAAAUCUCAUAUGAAAAUGAAACUAUUUUCUCAUGCAGGCUGUCAUUAAUUGCUAGGGUUGUAUAAACGGAAACAAAAGCAAUUUAAUUCCUUAUUGCAGAAAAUUGAGCAGGGAGACUGCAGAGGUAUGAUGUUGUCACCAAAACUGCUUCAUAAAGUGAACAUUUUAUUUGAUACUUCUAGUACCAAUGAAAAGGAUACUAAAAAAUUCCUGCAGGAACGUGCUAUACGCACAAGAACAAUUACCAUAAUGUAUGUGUGUACAUAUUUUAAUAGUAUUCGUGUUAAUGUUCUUGACAGUGAGAAGAAACCUAUAGGCUGGGAUACAGACAUCAGCUGGCUUACUGGUGAAGAAUUGCACGUGGAAGUUUUGGAGAAUGUACCCCUCACAACACAUAAUUUUGUAGGUAUAAUGCAACCACAUGUGGCUUUUUAGUUUUUAUUGUUAAAGAGAAACCACUUUUUCAUAUAUUGAUCAAAAACUGAAGUCCGUCAAUUACAGUAAUACCACUUAUGUUUACUAAAAUUGGUAGUCUAAACACACUAACCACUUUUAUGCCACUGUAGUGCUUAUGAAGCAGUUAAGAUGUGGAUGCUGCUCCCCCCCCAAGUUCUGACUAAAACCAUAUUCAAGAUGUUUAAUGGAUUACCUGCAACCCAUGCCACCUGCUCACCAUAAUGCUAAUGCAGAAGUUCAGUUUACACUUUAGUAAUAUGUUUCAGCCACAUGUUUAUGCUAGGAUUGGCUGAUUAUGCCAUCUGCCAUCAUUGGCCCAUUAAGUCAAAACAUGGCCUAAUUUAAUUUUUCUGAUGCCGACAUGGAACGCGUACAUUUGUAUUAGGCAAGCAGGGAGCCAGCAUGCAAGUUCCCAAAUGACUUCUGUAUUUGGUCAAAUAUUUUAAGGGAGAACUGAGGGGGAUGACAUCCACAGCUUAAUGGCGCCGUAACCAGUACUGCAGCAAGUAGUUCUGUUUGUCAUGUUUAGACGGCCUGUUUGAGUUUCUUUAAUGAUCGCAGUACUUUUCUCUGAACAUUUGCUUUAAGUAUAUUUGUUGUAUUUUGAAAACAACUGUUAUGAAUGAGCAGAACGUCUACACCUUUUUUGUGUAUUUAUUUGCAUGAAUGAUAUUGUACAUCUUUUUGGGUAAAAGUGCUUGGAAAUCCUCUGGCUAAUCCUUUCUUAUACAAAUUCAGAUGAUGCCUGGUCAUAAUUAGUGCCUAAACACUGUGAAGCUUGCAGUUAGGGGGCGUCCAAUCCUUUAGUCCGGUUGGUAGGGUAAUGCAUGCAGAUUAGUUUCACUCACCAUAAUUGGCUCUUGGGCAUAAAACAACCUUAAGACAGCACUUAAAUGCCUGAUCCUCUGUAUUCUGCAUCUGAAGAUUUGGUAACUCCAGAUUGUGUAAAUUUUAUUUUAUUAAUACAAAAAGAAAAGUCUUGCGCUCACUCCCAUCACUCCUGGGCGGCAGCAAUGACUACAGUACACAUCAGCUAAUACAUAUAGUAAAAACCAAAGGAAAAGUUACCUGCGCUCUCUCCUUAAUCCCUAUGUAUAUUUAAACAAAUGGAGGUCAUUUAGUUACGUUGGCAGGCAGGCAUUCCCUCCAGUGGCCAUUGGAGUAACUAAAUGACCUCCAUUUGUUUAAAUAUACAUAGGGAUUAAGGAGAGAGCGCAGGUAACUAUUUUUUUUUUUUUCAUUGCCUACAGUGCCAUUCCUUUCUAUACAUCUUCAUUUUCAUGUGCUAGCUGGCAAAACCUUUUUGUGUUGAGGUUGAUCUUAGGUCCACUAUUUAUGAAAUAAAUUGGAAGUAUUAAAGUAAUGUUUGUUGCAUGUGAUCUACAUCUAGAAAUAUUUUUUUUUUUUUUUUCAGAGGCAAAAUAACCAAACUGGAAGCAUCUAGGACUGUGAAAUUUUUUUCCAGUUUGGCUAUUUUUACCUUGAAUCUAAAAUUCAAAUUGAAUUCUCACUUUAGUGAAUAACUCUAAUAAUGGAAAUGUUAUGCUUCUGUGAAUGUAUGAAAAGACCAUUCCCUGUCUCUUUACUUUUUCACACAUUUUAUCUGCAUAGAACAUGUGAGUUUCUUUAUAUUUAUCAUCCCUAGUUGUUCUAGAUUUGUCACAUUUGUUACAUUCCAAUAUUGUGCCUCCCAUGAGGAAUACUAGUUUGUCAUAAAAAUGUCUUUAAAAAAAAAUAAAUAAAAAAAAAAAUACUAUGUAGUAUUUUUGGAUCUGUCCUACAUACAAAGCUGUCUCUGCUUUUAUUAGGUACGGAAAACUUUCUUCACUUUGGCGUUCUGCGAUUUUUGCCGGAAGCUUCUUUUCCAGGGUUUUCGUUGCCAGACAUGUGGUUACAAGUUUCACCAGCGAUGUAGCACUGAAGUUCCUCUUAUGUGUGUAAAUUACGACCGACUCGAGUAAGUUCAACAAAGCAUUCUAGUAAGUGUUUUGCCCAAGUCUAAUUUUGUUUAGUGUGUUACGGCUUCAUUAAUUAAAACCAUAAAAGAAUUGUGGGCAUAAUAUUUAAUGAUAGUUUUUAAGUAUUUCCCUAGGGGUCAUAUUUACUGAAUGUGCUGACAUGAAAAUAAUUUGGGAUGCAAAAGAAUUGAAAACUGCUAUGUUGGUCUGUUUUUCAAGGUUUUUGUAGUGUGUGUUUGUUUUUUUUUGUUUUUUGUUUGUUUAUUUCCACAUCUCAUGACAAUUUAGUAUAUGAAUAAAGUUUUGUUAAUCUGCAUGAAGGUGAAGCAUACUCACAUUGCCCAUGGAUAUUUUAUAUAGACUUAUACUAAGUUUAAAAAAAACAAGUUGAGUUGCUUUAGUUUUUAUGAAAGUCGAUUUAAGCUAUUAAUGCAUUGAUAGCAUUACCAAAAAAAAAAAAAAAAAAUUAGAACACACACAAAGAAACGUAGAAUUUGCAGCUUUCACUGAUGAGCACUCAUUAAAAAAAAAAAAAGACAUCCAUUUCCGAUGCUUUCACAGCUUUCUGGGUAAUAUACUCCACACUUCAACACAUUUCUGUGAUUCACUGUAAAAAUCUACUAGCUGUAUAGUGCAUCCUACAGAAAACACAGUUGUGCAGUUAGGUGUUUUUGGUAUCUAAAACACUUUCUUUUUUUGUUUUUUCUUUUUUUUUUCGACACCAGGUUAUUAAUCGGUUCCAGAAGCUGUGCUCUCUCAGUAGGGAACCACCUUUAAUAACUAAUAUGAAGUGACAAGCGAUUAAAGUGGGCAGUGCCACAUCACAUUAAAACAGAAUGCUGAACUCUCCCGUUCAGCCAUGUCUCUGUGACCUCAUCGAUGUUGCCAGGCACUAGACACCACCCCCAGAAUCCUGAAACCCUGACAGGAUCUUCCAGUAACCCCCUGUGUAUCUGAGAACACUGUGAUCAGACACCUGUCUCAGCACUGAGAUCAGUGCUUGAUCACUGUGUGUGUGCUCAGACGCACAUAACAGCUGCAGCUAUGUAACAGGCCCCAUGGUCUGUCAGAGGUCCGCUAAAUGGCUUAGGGGGAGAUUUGUGUAUGUUCAUCUACUUUUACACACUUCUACAAUACCUACACAUUACAUUUUGAAAUGUUAUAUUUAAAUUGGUACUCAACUCCUUGAAAUGUGGGACCCCUCACACCAAAUCUAAAAUUACUAUACCUAUGGGGCCUUUCCAAAAGCAGAGCAAAUACAUUUUUAUGUAUUUUCUUUAGUUGCGCUAAUUGCUAGAAAAAUAUCUUAUGCACAUAUUGGUUUGUGUUUAUUACAAAAAAGGUAAAUUAUAUUUGAACAAACCUAUCAAUAUUUUGUUUUGGUCAUGACAUUGAAGGCACCAAGCUACUUCAACUCAAUGACGCACGUCCUGUCAAUAUAACCCUACAAUUUAAGACAUUGCCCUUUUGUAGAAACAGCAAUGUUUUCAUUUCACGGUCAACACACCUCUAGAGUGUCUUUCUUCCUGACAGUCUGACUCUUAUUGCAGCAGAAGAGCCUCUAGUGGCUGUUCAAUCAAAUCCUUCUGACAGACAACACUUAACUGGCACAGUGCAAUGUUUUGUUGCGCAUACGCACUAGCCUCAACGCUACCCUGUAGGGUAAUAUUAAGAAUUCACAUUAGGAAUACAUGUGUGUUCCUUUUAAGCUGUCUGAAUCCAACCUCUCUUGUUCUGAUUGGGUUGCAAGUGUUACGUCAAUGGUAUUUCCAAUUCCUAUACUCCAGUUUGCAGUGUCCCAGUGAACCCUACAGAUUGGAUGACUCAUUACACUGUUGGAUAGAGAGAUAGCUGAUGGCACCUGCUACUUUUUUAACCUACACCAUGUCACAAAGGGUGUGUGGUAUAGGGGGAGCAUUCACAACGACCCCAAAGGUUAGCCACCUUUUAAAAAAAAAAUAAAAAAAAAUUUAAUCCUCAUUUAGUUUUCCUCUCAUGUUUUUCUUUAAUUUGGUAGUGGCUGGCUGUUUCCUCUUUAACCUAUGCAAUUGCUAUGUAAUGAAACUAUAUAUUUUCUUGUGCAAGGUGUUGCCGUGGGUUAUACACGGUUUCUUAUUUUAAUUUGCUUUUUACUUCCUAGUUUGCUGUUUGUCUCCAAGUUCUUUGAACACCACCCAAUACCUCAGGAGGAAGUUCCUUUUGAAGAGGUCACUCCAGCUGUUGAAUCCAGUUCACCUUCACCCCCUCCAUAUACCGCUGGGUAAGAUUUGGCUGUGGUUUAUUUGCUGUCCUUUGUGUUUGCAGCAGAUACAAUUCAGACAACACAAACUUCAGCUCAUCUUUUCACCAAGCCAAACAGAUAUUUGGACCACCCAGAAUAUUUGUUUGUUCUUUAAGCUGCAAUUAAUUUUUGCUAACUACAGUCAAGGUUUCCAAAUUCUUUCUUGUCUCCAGAUGAUGCAUAAGUCGCGAGUACAGCAAGCUCGUUAUUUAUUUUUAAUUGUGGUUGAAAGGAUUGCAAUUCUGCUGAAUUUUGAAUUUUAAAUAGUACUUGUGAUACAAUCAUGGAUUCUGAAUAUAUUUGACAUAAACAGGGAGAACACAGCCCAAAUACAGUAUGGAACAUAACUACACAGAGCUGUUGUGAUUGUUUCUGAUGGUUCUUUGUUUGACUAAAUGCAACAGUAAAGUGGGAAAGAAGACCGAUUACAUAUAUUCUACAAACCUAUAUAUUUUGUCUGUUUGCAAUAUAAAGUUUCCGUCAGGCUACGGGUUAAAUAAAAGUUACAAAUUAAUCUUAAAAAAAUAAAAUGAUAAACACAUUUAUAUGGAUUAGUAAGAGUUUAAUAGAAUUUCUUUUUUUUAAUUGUUGCAUAGGGUAACAAGGUAGACCAUGAUGAAAAUGUUAAAUAACUCGUUGGAGACCCACGUUUAGAGUCCCAUUAUUUAGCAUUUUGUCUAGGAAGAUCUGGAUUCUUCAGUUGAAUAGUGUGACUGCGGGUCCGUUCAAUAAAGUAAACAAUAAAGUCCAAUCCAAAACACACCUAUGCUGGCGCCAAGGGUGUGUUUUGGAUUGGGGACCGAAGGUGCAAUAGAAAGUGUUUUAGAAUUGGGUACAAUAAGAUCCAGCUGAGGCUGUGUUUAGAAUUUAAACUGUAAAGUGCAGCAGGGAAGUAUGUAGAUAUUAAGCAGCCUGUAAAUAAUUUUAUCAAAUUAGUUUUUGUUUUUUGGUCCUCUGCAUUUCAAGUGCAAAAAUUAUUUAAUAUACCCAUUGCAGUUUAUUUUCAUUAUCUUGUGUUUUGAUUCCUCUCAGGCAUCUAAGCCUCCCAAGUAAUUCUCCCUCCAAGUCUAUACCCAUUCCUCAGCCUUUCCGACCAGCAGACGAAGAUCACCGAAAUCAGUUUGGCCAGCGGGAUCGUUCGUCCUCUGCUCCAAAUGUGCACAUAAAUACCAUUGAACCAGUCAACAUAGAUGUAAGAACAGUUAUACGGUUUGGGUUUUUCAUUCUGCCUUAAAUUGUAUUUGUAUGAAAACUUGACCUGCCACUCAGACAUUUUAAUAUUUGACAAAAGAAACAGGAUUAUUUGUUUGUAAGUUGCUGCCAUGACUAUUACUGAUCUGGAGAAUCUUUUGAGAUCAGCUGAUUUUUACCUCUGUGUAGCCAUUCGGUAUUUACGAAUAUUCAGAUUUUUAGUUAACUAGGCAUAUUGAUUUGUGUUUCCUUUUAGCACAUUGCUGUGAUUGUACAGAUUCAUAUUGCUAUUUUAAUGGCAUCAAUUAAAGAGUUACUCCAAGUGAGUGACUGGAAGUGGUCAUGGUGCAUUGAGUCUGUAUGUGUCGUAUUUCACUUUGAAACACUGCAAAUAUAAUGAUGUAGCAGCAAGCUGUUAUAAGUAGAGUUCCGGGCUGACUGGCAAUCGACCUUCUACUUGUUUGGUUUCAGCUGCUCUGAGGGAAAAAAAGCAUCUACCAGAUCAUUGAGUCAUGAUGGUGUUGUGAAGCUUUGUAAACAGCUUUAACUGAAGAUUUGAAGUAGCAAUAUAUUCCUGAGUCGAAUGCCCACUAAUUUCUCUCUUGUUGUUUAGGACUUGAUUCGAGACCCUGGCCUUCAGCGCAGUGAGGGAGGUAAGUGACAUUGAUGCACAGUCCCAAAAUUUGCUUUAUCAGCAUUUAAAAAAAAUAAACUCUCACCUUGCUAAAUUAUUAAACUUGGUUACAUUCAAAAUGCCUUGCACUCAUUUAAGAUUUGUUAAUAAUUGUGGGGAAGAAAAUCAGUUCUUUUGUACAAAACACUAUUUAAUUAUUUCAGGGCUCAAAAUUUCAAGUACUGUAUUACUAGUGAGGCUUAAAGGUCACUCACAACUGCAAGCCUAGAGGGUCCAUGGCACACUCCCAUGAGUGAAUUUCUACUUGUGAUAGCUAAACUUUCAAUAUCCAAUGACUGAGGGUCAUGUGGAAAUUUUGAGCCCUGAUUUUUAUAUAUCUUAAACUGUUGAUGGUGUUUUAGUGGCAAACUUCAGUCUGACGUACUUUUGUUUUAGCCCGCAAAUAUCCCAGUUAUGGCCAUGGUUUUCAGCUUUUCAUAUAUAAGUGAUUUCAGGGAAACUAUGCAGGAACAAACUGUCCACAUAAUGAGAUUAUAUACAUUCUGUAAUGUCUCUGUGCAUUGGUCAAAUUUAUUUUCCAUAUUUUUGUUUUAUUCAGCCAUUAAAUUUGAAAGCAUGGCCCUCAAGUAAGCUCCCCCAUAAAAUUGCUAAUUAGAUGUCUGUAUAUGGGAAUAUCUCUUGCUGAUUUGUCUUCCUAAUUAUGCCCUCCCACUAUUACAUUUUAUUCCCCUUUCUAUUCUCUCUCUCCAUCCAUUCUUCUCCCCCUUCCAUUCCCUUUUUUUUAUUUUUUAUUUUAUUUUUUUUAUGCCUGUGUUUCUCCUGCAGCCCCCUCGGUCCAGGCGACCCGCUGCCUUCGGAAAUACCACUCUCGGAACCCCAGCCCACUCCUACACACUGUCCCCAGUGAAAUAGUCUUUGAUUUUGAGCCUGACCCCGUUUGCAGAGGUAGUUGGGCUGUUUAUAUCACCUUCCCCCAUCAAAACUAAAUACUAAAGUCACUGGUACAGUAUGUGCCCUGCUUUGGCCACUUGUAGAAUUAUGCACGACACAGGCCAUGCUAAUUCUAAUAUUUUUGUUUAAGAAGCUGUAUUUUGUGCGUUUUGUGUGUGUGUGUGUGUGUGUUUUUUCUUAACACUUAUCAUGCUUGUACUUGUGCAUGACAUUAUGCUGUAGAAUUUUAGAACUCACGUUUUAGUUUUGUCGAAGGUAAUCUUUGUUUACUUUUGUGUAGCCUGCCACCACCUAUGUACUUUAUUUUUUCUAUUUUUCUUUUUUCCCUCAUUGCAUGCCAGUUUCUUUGUACAACAAACUAAAUAAAUUGGAAUUCUGGGUACUUUAGGGAACUUUGUGCAAAUUAUUGUAUCAUUAGAUUAAUCAUUGAUGAAAUUGGACCUGUAAAUAUAUAUGACACACACACACACAUUUAUAUAAUGAACCAAAUAAACAUUGUUUUAAAACAAUGAAGCAAUUUCAUGCACCUGGUUUCAUACGAAUAAACUGCUUGCUCUGUAAUGUUGUAAAUCUUCUAACGUCUUUGAACCUGUGCAGAAUUAAUAAAGACCAAUAGACUUCUUCUAUCUUCUGUUGAGAAAUUUGUGUCAGAUGCCUAAACUUUAAUUGGAAACAGGUUUUUAGUAUAAACUGUUUUAAAAUGUUAAAAUAACAUACAUUCUAUGAUUAUGCACAGUUUAUGUAGACCUUUUUAUUUAACUUUGUGAUAUGUAUAAAACAUUUUCAGAUGUCCUGCUUUAAUCUGAAUUUGUUCAAAUCUCAUUAGAAGGCCUGUUUGCCUUUUUAAAAAUGUACAUUUUUUUUUUAUAUAUAGAAAAACUAAUUACAUUACUAAAUUUAUACAAAGUAAGACUUCAGUAAAUCUUUUGUUCAACUUUAAAAUAAAAAAUAAAUUAUUAAAGAUAUGAAAGUUGUUGCUGAAGUAAUACACAUGAAACUAAAUGUUAGAUCAAGUAAAUACACAUCUGUGUAUUCAAUAUAUCGCCAGAUGGCAUGUAAGCCUCAAAAGUCAUCUAAGUGCAAUCAAGUUUUUAGAAGUUUAGAAUACUAGAACACAUUAGUGGAACAAUAGUUAUUUAUUUGUGCAAAUACAUAUGCAUGCAGAAUAUUUUAAGUGUUACAAAAAAAAGCAUUUUUUUUUUUCCUCUUGUCAACCUUUCCAGUUUUUCUUCUUAGAAUUUAGUGAUCUAACCCAUUGUCUUUUCUACUACUAAACAUGAUAGCUAGAUCCUAGUACAUCUUUGCUUCUGCUGAGCUUAGUCUUGCCCUGCUUCUGCUGAGCUUAGUCUUGCCCUGCUUCUGCUGAGCUUAGUCUUGCCCGGCUUCUGCUGAGCUUAGUCUUGCCCGGCUUCUGCUGAGCUUAGUCUUGCCCGGCUUCUGCUGAGCUUAGUCUUGCCCGGCUUCUGCUGAGCUUAAAGGGACACUCUAAGCUACAUAUACAGCAGCUCACAAUAGUGGUUAUAUUGCCUGGAGUAUAACUGUGUCAUGCCCUGGUUUAACAGCACCUGGAGACUGCCCCUUCCACUGCUGUAUUAAUAAUGCAGAAUUAAUACUUGCACAUUAUCCAUGUCAAUUGCAUCCAACAAGGAAAGCUGUGAUUGGCUAAGAGUGCUGGGGGAAUACUAGCAGUCUAUCCCAUAAUAGUCAGUAGUGUUAGCUUCUCAAAAUAUAUUCUGUGCUUUUUAUUUAGUUAUUUUUUUUGGAUACUGCUUCAAUAUACUACUUCAGUUACUUUACUCUUUAACUUUUUUCCAGUUUCAACUCCUGGCCUCUCUGCAACACCCCCAGCCUCUCUUCCUGGAUCCCUUACAAAUGUCAAAUCACUACAGAAAUCCCCCGGGCAACAGAGAGAGCGUAAGUCCUCCUCUUCCUCCACUGAAGACCGGAAUCGUAUGGUGAGUGGAGCAUGAAAUCUUGCACAUUUGUUUGUACUUUGUCCUCUAAGAACAUUACAUAAACCCUAAAUCCCUCCUAUUGAUAUUUUGCAGAAGACACUCGGACGUCGAGAUUCCAGUGACGAUUGGGAAAUUGCAGAUGGGCAAAUCACAGUUGGGCAAAGAAUAGGAUCAGGAUCAUUUGGGACUGUGUAUAAGGGAAAGUGGCAUGGUACAGCAUGAUUUUUAUACCCCCCUCCCUCCAAACUUGUCAAUGAUUCCCUUAAAUUUUAAGAAAUUUAGCGAUUGCCAGUGAAAACUGCUUUCCUGUUGAAGUUAUGGAUGCAGUAUGGAAUGGUGUAGUUCCUAUCGGUAAAUGUUAUAGUGACAUGAUCAUGUGCUUAUUUUUUGUAAACAAUAAAGCAAACCCCUUUAACCCCUUAAGGACUGAGGAAGUUGUACAAGUUCAGAUCAAAACAAAACGUAAACACAACCUUGAAUUUGUGCUAUAUAUCUGUUAACCCCUUCAGGACGGGGGCAAUAGUACACGUUCUGAUCAAAACAAAAACUGGAAUUUGCGCUAUGUUUGUUCAACCGUAAUUCACCUCUUUCAUAUUAAGUGCACCCAAACUUAUUAUAUAUUGUUUUGUUCAGGAGAAACAGGGCUUUAAUUUCACAUGAACUAUUCAUAUAUUAAACCUUAUUGAUUAUGAAUAAAAUAAAAAAAAUAAAAACUGAGAAAUUAAGAUUUUUUUUUUAUUUUUAUUUUUAAAUUGUAGUUCUGCCUGAAAUUUUAGAUGUAUAUGUCAUAAUACUGUUGGCUGCAAUAAAAUGCACAUAUGUGUAUUCAGCAAAGUCUCACGAGUACAACAGUACCCCCCAUUAACAGAUUUUACAGGGUUUUGGAAAGUUACAGGGUCAAAUAUAGCAUAUUCCAUUUUUCAUUUUUUUCACAUUAAAAUUUGCCAGAUUAGUAAUGUUGCCUUUGAGACCGCGUGGUAGCUGAGGAAUGAGAAAUACCCCCAUGAUGGCACACCAUUAGCCAAAGUACGCAACCCAACCCAAGGUAUUGCAAGUGGGGUAUGUCCAGUCUUUUUUUAGUAGCCAAAGUUAGCAUUCGUAUUUGUUUUUGUGUGAAGUGGCUGCUAAAAAUGACUAGCCAUACCCCAUUUGCAAUACCUUGGGUUGUAUACUUUUGCAAAUAGUAUGCCAUUUUCAUUCCUGGGCUACCAUACUGUUCCAAAGGCAACAUUACCAAACUGGCAAAUUUCAGUGUGAAAAAAAUGAAAGGCAAGUCUUAUAUUUGACUCUCUAACUUUCCAAAAUACCAUAAAAGCUGUACAUGGGGGGUACUGUUAUACUUGGGAGACUUCACUGAACACAAACAUAAGUGUUUCAAAACAGUUACACAUAUUACAACAAUAAUAUAGUCAGUAAAAGUGCCGAUCGUGUGUGAAAAAUGCAAAACUUAAAAUUUUACUGAAAAUAUCAUCAUUUUGAAACUCUAAUAUUUGUGUUUAGCGAAGUCUCCCGUGUAAAACAGUAUCCCCCCCCCCAUAUGUACAGUUUUUAUGGGUUCUUGGAAAGUUACGGGGUUAAAUAUAGUGCUUGCAAAUUACAUUCUCUGCACUUUCUGCCUGGGUUGUCAGGCAUGUCUAUCAAAUUUUAAUUAAAUCACAUAAUUAUGUUAAAAGAUUACUUAAAUAUACACGUAGAAUUUUAAUAUAUAUAUUUAAAGUCUACGUGUAUACUUAUGUAAUCAUUUAUGUAUGUGUAUAUAUAUAUCUGUGUAUCUCUCUCUCUAUAUAUAUAUAUAUAUAUAUAUAUAUAUAUAUAUAAACAAAAAGGUAAAAGGUGCACUCACAGGUCUUGUUCCAAAGUUUUUUAUUUAGUUGUGCAAAAUCAAAUAAUUCCUGAUCAACGUUUCGACCCCUAUAGGGUCUUUUUCAAGUUCAAUAAUGCAGUGUAAGUGAUAAGAAUAUAUAAGAAAAUAACAGUGAUAACUUACCAAAUCAGUGUGUGAGAGAUCUGCUAGCUGUCCGAAACACGGAAGAUCACCGGCGGCACCAAGUGACAAACGUGAUGACGUGUGUGUUAAACGGCAUUGCUAAGCAACGUAUACACAAACAACGCUAUGUGUUUUCCCAGUGUUACGCGCUGUAAAUAGUGCUGAAAUACAUCGUGAUGUGAAUUAAGCACCUUGUGAAAUUAUGUGCUGUGAAUUAAAAUAGUAUACAAAUACUGUGUAAGGAGGAUUGUUUUUACUGUAUAAUAAAUGAUGUUGUGAACAUCCAUAUCGGAGUAUAGGGUACUCAGAUGUACUGAACACAAUGUGAAAAUGAGUGAGCAAGUAGACAAAUAUACAGGUGAAAACAAACGUGAGGUGGAUAGUAAGUGCAUCUGAGUGUGACCUCCUGUAAUAGUAUACUAUGACCUAUCUAUAAAGCCACAUGGAUAUAAUAAGUCACCAAAGUGUUCAUGCAAACGGAUACAUGAUCCUAUAAUAUACAAAUAGAAAUAAUUCAAUGCAUGUAACAUAUGUGACCUAAAUAAAUCGAAUCACAUACAAGUUAACAAAAAUAGU